AUGUCUACGGCAGAACUGCCGUGCUAUACUUUAAUAAAUGUUGUUAGUGACUCUGAGGCGCUAAGCGAACAGAAAUUAGCCGAGGAUUUAGGUGAGUUCUUCUGUAGAUAGAGGUCGAUCCGAUUUAAGUGUACUCGUGGCUCCGUGACUUGACGUGUACAGUAUCUGCAUUUAUUUUAUUUACAUGUAUGUUUUUUCAUUUCAUUAAUCUACUUUUUGCCUAUCUUCUCUGUUCUACUUCGUCUACUGGUUUUAAAGAUUAGUGAAGCUUAUCUAGCCUCUCAUGCAAAGACAAUCGCUCCUUAAAAGUGGACGAAAACCCCAAAAUGUAUAAAUAUAGAAAAACUCAACAUACAACCCACUCGCGUUUUGCUCUCUCCGAGGAAAAAUGGGGGACUACUUGUAGUCUAAAUGCUUUGCGGCUUUCAAAGUAAUUUGAGAUAUAAUAGCGCCACGAUUUUGUGUUAUUGAGAAGUAUAAAUAACACCCUGUGGAUGUUCAUAGUGGAUUGAAAUUGAUAACGUCUGCUCAUUUCAAAGUUUACCAUUUUCAAAAUUUUCUGAAUAUGCAUCACUUACAUUAAUCCCCUGAGCUUGUAAAACAUAUUUUCUUGGAUGUAGUGUGUGACAAAUGUCGUGCCGAGAACAGCUUGAAGACUAAGAUCUGGGGUAAACAUGUAUCAGGAGCUAUACUAAGAAACUGGAAAAAGCUAAUUCUUUAGUAAAGAUCAAAACAAGCAGGUGCUUUUUAGAGUCCUUACACAUUGAGCAACGAAUGUCGUCGAGGGCCAGAUGUCCAGUCUUUUUUUCCCUGCAUCGUUUGAAGGCAAUUAAUUAGAAAGCAUUUAUUGUUGUGCUAGAUCACAAAGCAGAUUCCCUUCUGUUAAGAUAUGAUAUAUUGAAAUGUAAGUUAAGCCUCUCCAUAAGUGUAAUGUUGUUGUGUCCAAGAUUUUUCUUUAAGUCCACUCUCCAUUCUAACUACCUAUGAAGCUUCUCUACCAUGAAGCCAAGUUAGCUUCCUUAUCAUAUAUCUUGGUACUGAGGUACAUGUACACUACCUUGCAGCCUACGAGAUUGCUAACAUAUUUACUAAAAGCUGCCUUGCACUUCCUCUGUUCCUUGCAUUCAGAGUAUGUGACACGGUGAAUACUUCUGGUCACCUCCAGAAAUAAUCAGAGUGUUUUUCACUUACACGUUCUUCUAUACGAUAUAAAAAGUAGUUCUUUACAUUUCAAGGGCACGGCAAACCAUGCAGGUCACAUAUGAAGUCAGCAGGCACUGGUACCAAGCAUCUCGGUUCCUAGUCUGCAAGAUUAGGGCUGGAUAUCUUUAAGAGGAGAGUGGUGACUCUCCUGCACACCACUGUCAGAAAUUAAAAAGAUGAGUGAGUCAAGUACACUCGUUAGAAGGGCUGUGCAAAGAACCGUGAUAAUCGUGAAAGGCAAUCUUAAACUCUUUUUUCGAUUACAAGCUCUUGUCUUCAUGAAGUAUCAAGUUAUUAAGUCACCAAGAUAUCACCUGUUAUUCUUCGAUAUUCUGUAUCAUACCCAAAUUAGGCUCAAGUUUAGCAAUGGAUUUUACAUAAUGAAAAUAGUAAAUUGAGUGUAUACUUUAGAUUUAAAGAAAAUAUUCAAGUAAAGAAAACCAGCAGGCACAACGGAAGUUAAUCUCAUUCCUUAAAAGUUCCGACUCUGGUAGUUUUACUUCCGGUCUAGCUGGCGGCCACUUAUAUCUAUGUUAUUUUUUUAGUCAAUUUGUGUUGAAAUAAUAUCUCUUUGUAUGAAAAAACAGCUGCCUUAGGCAUUUGCUGACUGUAGGCGAAUAUGAACUGUAUUUUAUUCCAAGGAUUGUCAGGCUCGAUUCCUAAAGGUUACAACACUCCGAAGGGUCCAACUUCUAAAGGAUUACACAGGAUUCCACAGAUGCAAUUCACUAAAGGCUCACAGAUCGUCAAGAUGGCUACAAGAAAAACGCAACACGUUUUCGGAUCUCUCUCAGAAGGCCUAGCGCGCUCCUAAACUCUUACGUCAUCACAAGACACUCCCCCCCGGACCAUGAAGAAUGGUCCACCUUCUAUACCUAGAAUCAAACAUCGAAAAGAAAUAAAAAAAUAAUAAUGAUAUAACUCAGUGAAUAUAGUCUCUCUCUCAAAAAAAAAACUGUUCAAUGUUGAGAAUACAUAAACAAACUUAAUGUUAGUCUUGUAAUUCAGCAAUCCACUGUCUUCUUCUUCGCCUCCCUCGACUGCAGCUCUCACGCGCCUCGAUUUCCUCUCACUCGACCUUGCGUCGGCUGUUCCGUGAUUCAAGUACUUGUUCCUGAGGAGCUGCUUCAUUCAGAGAACAGCUUACUUCCAGUGGGUACAACAAUUGUAGCGGUCUCCUUAAGAGUCCACCUCCACUUGAUCCUCUCCCUUGGACUCUGACCUCAGCACCUCUACUCUGCCCAUCUUUGCUCAUCAGAAGCCGUUCCACCUUGCCCAUCUUCCAAUAAGAUCUUGGGUGGGUUUCGUCAUGAACCAAUACCAGAUCUCCGACACACACUACCCUUGAUCCCGCCGUCUUCUUCAAUUGGUUAUGGGCAUUUCGUAAUUCAAGAAGGUAUUCUGCUCUCCAACGCCUCCAAAAAUGAGUCAGAAUCAUAUCAAGGUGUCUUGCUCUUCUGCUCAGGUCGUCCGGCGAAAUUCUAAAAUCUGCAUCUGCAGGACUGUCUAUUUCAGGAAGGGCGCCGAGUCUUCGACCAACAAUGAGGUGGGACGGUGUGAGGGGUUCUUCCAGGUCCUCAGAAGAGACAUAUGAAAUGGGUCGGCAAUUUAAGAUCAUUUCAGCUUCUGUAACAACAGUUACAAGUUCAUCAUAGGAAAGCUUGGCUCGGCCGAUUGUCUUCUUAAGACAUCUCUUCAGUGACUUGACAAGUCGUUUCGUAAAAAACCUCCCCACCAUGGGGCUUUCUCUAAGUUGUAGGACCAUUUGAUCUUCUCUUGAGCAAAAUACUUAACAACACUGGGAUCAUUUGUAAUCUUCUCAAGCUCCUUAGAAGCACUCUUGAACGUCUUGGCAUUGUCUGAUACCACUAAAGAAGGCCUUGAACGACGAGCUACAAAUCUUCUGAAGCACCUCAGAAAUGCCUCUGAAGUCAUAUUGGGCACAACCUCAAGUGGACAGCCCUCGUGAGAACAACAAGUAAACAAACAAAUCCAGACCUUACAUUCUUCGUCACUGGUAGACUUCACAAAAAGAGGUCCAACAUAAUCCAAACCGAUGUACGAGAAUGCAGGCGCCUCUUUCACUCUGUAGUUAGGCAGGGGUGGAGCUUGUGGAACCUUAUACGGUUUCCUUCAAACUUCUUACAAACUGUGCAUCUAAACAACAAACUUCUGAUAAAGUAUCGGCCUCGAACAAUCCAAAAGUUCGAUCUCAACUCGUGAGUGUUUCCUUAACUCCUCCAUGCAUGACUCUUUCGUGACAUCUCCAGACUACAAGUGUAGUUAAGUGGUGGCUAGCGUCAAGCAAGAUUGGAUACUUCGCAGAAUCUGUAAGCUCGCUGUUCCCGAGUCUACCUUGACAUUGAAUAACUCCCUUAUCGUCCUCAAGCAACCCUAGCUGGUGCGACCUCAUCUUAAACUUCUCCUUACUCGUCAUCUCUCGUUGUACUUCCUUGAUCCAUAGAAGUUCGGCUUCUUCUAUGUCUGCACCGGUCACACGUAUCUCCGGCUUCUGAUUCACAUCUCCCUGUCGCUGUGCCUUUAAUAGCUUAAUAAACUUCAGAACCAAGGCUGUAACUCGCAGGAGACGUCCAAGAUUACUGAAGGCUUCACUUUGAAUGAUAUUAGACAGCAUAGUAGGUUCACUGUUCAUUGCAAGAGCUGUCGUUACUGUCUUCCGAUCCUUCACCCUCAUUUCUACAAGGCAGGCCUCAGGGACUGGCUCUUCCGCAAUCUCCUUCCGAUUCUCCAGGCCUUCGAAACUAGUCAGCCACUUGGGACCAUUCCACCAUAGCACACUGUUCUCCAACUCACGACAGUCCAUACCUAUAGAGAGUAAGUCGGCUGGGUUGUCAGCCCCUGGACAAUGAUUCCAGCAUUCUUCAGGUACAAGCUUUCUUAUCUCGUCAACACGGUGCUGAACAAAUGGUUUCCACUCCUUCUGGCUCUGAACAAUCCAAUACCAGGCUAUCUUGGAAUCUGUCCAACAAAACAAUUUGUCAAUCUUCAUCUCAGAACUAAGUGCUUCCUUUACGCUAUGGAUCAGUCUGGACAGGACUACCAUGGAUAGCAGUUCUAGACGCGAUAUGGUCUGCUCGAGAGAGGUGCUACUCGUGUUUUUGAAGAUACAAAUCUGACAUAACUUGCACACGUCGUCUGUCGCAGAAAGACCACCGCACCGUAUGCCUUAGCUGAUGCAUCACAGAACCCAUGCAGUUCACUCAGAAUCACUUCCCCUUCCGUGCCAGCAUAAUAACAUCUCGGAAGAGUAAGAGGUUUAACACCCUGCAGUUGUGUCACCAAUCUCUGCCAGAUUGACUUGCAAGAACCUUCCAGUGGUUCGUCCCAGUCUCUCUUGUCCUUGCACAACUCUUGAAACAGGAUUUUAAACUGGACUGUGAUCGGAGAAAUCAGACCGAGUGGAUCAUACAUUUUUGAGGCUGUGCUAAUCACGUUUCUCUUAGUAGGUUCUACUCUCUUUGCUAAAGAGGCAGUGUUUGUAAAAUCAAACACGAGGUUGUCAUUGUGAUAGUUCCAUAUCUAGUCCCUAAAAUUCUUUGAACGCUAACAUCUUCAACUGCACUUCCUUGAACACUUCUUGAAUAGGUCAUAUCUUCUUCUUCCACGACGUUUGUGUCUACUACUGGUGUUUCAACAACCUGCUUGUCAACAUUCCCUCCAUCUCCAGAAGCUGUUUCUCCUGAGACCAAUCUCUCAUUGUCCUCAAUUCUCGCUCGCAGUUCUCCUGAAUUUGUGAUAAACUUCCGCAAAUUGAAACCUGCUUCCCUGAGCCUCGAUUUCGAUUUCAUAUAGAGCUCAAAGGUGCUGUCCACGUCACUGUCCCCCGAUGUCAGGUCAUCAACAUAGAUACUUUCAAGAAACUUCCUGGUAAAAUCAGGGUCACAUUGUUCAUACUGCUCUAUAUGAUGUUUAAUUGUAUGCUUCAGUAAGAAUGGGCUUGAAGAGAGUCCAAACACAACUCGUGUAAACCUCAGUGUAAUAACUUUAGGUUCAGCCUUAUCGAUGUCAUCGACCCACAGGAAACGGAGUACAUCCUUGUCAGUUUCAUUCAUAUGGACCAUUAAGAACGCCUUCUCAAUGUCUCCCACCAGAGCUACUCUGUGAUUUCGGAACCUCAACAUAAUGUCAAAGAUACUUUGUGUAAGCGCAGGACCGGCAUGAAGACAAUCAUUUAAUGAAGCUCCAUCUGACUUGGCUGAGGCGUCAUAUACAAUUCUUAACUUUGUAGUUGACUUGUCUCAUCUGAUAACAGCGUGAUGAGGGAUGUAAUGGACGACAUCAGGCUUGGUUUCUUCAUUCACAACUUCCACAAUUCCUCUUUCGAUUUGAUCCUUUAUAACACUGUCAUACUCCUUCAGGAUGUCUGGCUUCUCACGGAGUCGAGUCAGCAAACCUUGCAAUCUUCGAAGACUCAACUCAUAAUUUUCAGGGAGUGGUGGAUGUGUAGCCUUCCACGGGAGACUGACCUCAUAGUGGUCUCCCUUGUACAACAACUUCUCAACAAACUCUUCAUAGACACUUGGCGGCUUCACACCGAGAGACUCUAAGUCCCAGAACUUCUUCAACUCUCCCUGAAGACCAUCAUAAGACACUUGAUCAGUAGCACAUUUUAAGACAUGGGUUGUCACAAGAUUACUUCUCUGUUGAUUUUCUACACUCCCUAAGCAAACGGGUCCUGAAAGUACCCAUCCCAGUUUGGUGUGAACAGCUGUAGGACCUUGGGCCCCUUUAAUGGUGUGGCCAGUCACCAACUUCCAAUAAUAAUCUGAACCAACUAGAAUGUCAACACCAAGAGUCUCUCCUUCGGUACAAAAGUCAGCAAGUUUGAGUCCCGAAAGGCAGGGGUUAUUUUUCACUGCUAGUUCCACAGGUUGACCUUGUAAUGGUUGACAAAUUAGAGGCAAUGUAAAAGCUGACAGUGAAAGAUCUGGUUCUCCGUUUAGCUCUACUCCUAGGGCCACAACUUCUACCAACUCUAAUCUUUCAACGGUACUUCCAAAGGUUUUUAUUGAGACUUGCUUCUUCUCUAGUGUAGGUAGUUGAAGAAUGUUCUUCAGGUUGUUUGUAAGAUAGGUGCGCUGACUUCCACUGUCCAAGAUUAUUCUAGCCCUGACCUUAACCUCUGGCUGUUGAGGAUUGUACACCACUGCUUGGGCAGUUUGAAGGAACACAGGUGUAGUGGAAUCAGUAUGAAAAACGACACUAUUGCUGGCAGUUUGAGCUGUUAAGCAUUGCUGUUGUGGUCCUGGUGUGGGAACUGGUGUUUCAGGUUUCGUUGGCUGUAAAGGACUCAGGUUGGCUGGGCAAAUACUAACAUGGUGUCUGCCCUUGCAGUUAUGACACUUGAAUUUGGCUGAGCAGUUACGACUAAUGUGAUCUUUUCGCAGGCAAACAAAACAUCUCCCGUACUUCUUCAAAAGCUCCUUACGAGCUAGUACAUCAGGUACUGUUUGGCAAUCCCUUGAUGGGUGUUUUCCCCCUACAGUAGGUGCAGGUGGGACAGUUAGCAUCACCACCAGUUAACAAGGCAUGAGUAGUUCCUUCUUCCCUUCGUUUCGGUUUUGGUGGAGAGGUUUGUCCUUUGUUCACCGUAGACCCUCCUGCCCUUUCUCUUGCCUCAAGUUCUCUUUUAAAAAUAUUGAGCAAUUGAUCCAACUGCCAAUCAUCAUCUCCAAUUUCUCUUGUAAUAACAAGACGAAAUUCUUGAGGUAGCUUAUUCAUUAAGAUGGAUGAUAGCAAACCCCCAUACGAUUCACGUGAAACUCCUAAUGACUUUAAGCUUCUCACAUUAGAUUCAACAGUGUCGUGCAGCUGACGUAGGCUUCUUACAUGAUAGUGAGAUGUGACAGACUCAAGAUUCAACAAAAUUUCCAUGUGACGAUUAAUUAUUUGCUGCUUGUUGCCAAAUCUAGCUUUCAAAAUGUCUACUGCUUCCUCAUAGUUCGAUGCCCCAAGACUUAACCCGGAAAUGGCCUCUGCCGCUGACCGUUCGAGCAACGAGUUUAGGUAGUUAAAUUUGUCAAUGGCAGUUAAACUCUCAUUUUUAUGAACUGAGGCUUCAAAACUAUCCCAGAAAGAAAUCCACUUACUGUGAUCGCCGUCGAACUUCUUUAACUCCAGCUUUGGCAAUUUAACUUGAGUAUUUCUCCGCACAGAUGAAGAGGAAUUCGACGUUGAAGCUGAAGGAGGCGAAGAAUUACUCCCGAUUUGAACUUCAUUUGCUGGCGUGCUUUCCGACACGUUCGCCCGGUAUUUACAUUUGAACACACGACCUUCGACGACAAAGCGUUUUCUAUGUUAGCAAUAGCCAACUGAACAUUUUCCUCCAGCAAAUCUGCUCGCUCAAUUUCACCUUCGAUUUCUUCUUGACCCACAAGGUCAAAAAUUUCUGCAUCAAGUUGCCGAAGAGUAUUGAGUUUCUGCUGUAGGCUGUCCCUUUGUUGUUUCAGCUUGAUUUCGUGUUCCCGCACUUGAGAAAUGUCUCCUCCUCCAAGGACAUCAAUAACGGAUGAAAUAAUACGUUUCGCACUUGACCUGUGCCCUGCACGCUGCCGUCGCUUUCUGGUGAGUUCUUCGGCCAUAACACAACACAACUUCACUCACAACUCGUACGUAGAAUCCGCUUUUAUCCGGCUAACGAUGGACCAUGUAGGCGAAUAUGAACUGUAUUUUAUUCCAAGGAUUGUCAGGCUCGAUUCCUAAAGGUUACAACACUCCGAAGGGUCCAACUUCUAAAGGAUUACACAGGAUUCCACAGAUUCAAUUCACUAAAGGCUCACAGAUCGUCAAGAUGGCUACAAGAAAAACGCAACACGUUUUCAGAUCUCUCUCAGAAGGCCUAGCGCGCUCCUAAACUCUUACGUCAUCGUGCACACUGACAUUUUCUUAUCCAAGUUGCUGAAAUUCAGACGUUUUAAAGAAAAUUUUAAUUUCACUUCUGGUUCAAAAUUGCCACCAUUUUAAAACUCUUAUUUUUUGCACAGACUUUUUGGCGAUGGCACUAUUUAUAUCCUAUCUUUGUUAGGGCCUUGAAAACUAUGAUCAUGCCAAAUUUCAUACUUUUAACAGAGAGUGAAGCACAUAUUGUUAUAGUUUUGAUUAAUUGGUAACAAAAUUUUUUGUACUCCAAUUUGGUCUGUAAUCUUACUUGUGAUUAAUGGACUCCCGCUACUAGAUGCGGUUGUCCGAUUUUGUUAAUCACUCAUAUGAUUACAGACUGAAUUGGACUCCACUCAGGUCUAUUACCAUUAUUUUUAUCUAUUUGCCUACAGAGUUAAUGAUUGCCUUGCUGUUUUGGUCCUGUAGAAACAAAACAUUAUCUAAUGAUACCUUCUUAAAGUGCUUUUUGGUCCUUUGUUGGAAGAACUUUUACAUAAUAAUAAUAAUAAUAAUAAUAAUAGACAUUAUUCAGCCAGGGUUAUCUCUUCAGCAUAAAAUGCUGCUAUAAACGAGGGCCCUGGGGAAAAAAAAAAAAAAAAAAAUAUAUAUAUAUAUAUAUAUAUCUGUCGCAAAUUUCAAGUGCAUUUUAACUAUUUGACAUCUAAGUGGAAUGGGUUAGCAGUUAAAAGUCACUAGCUCAAGCUAAACAAUGACAGCAUUAUUGCUGGCAAUAGAUGGUAAAGUUCUCUCGCAGAAGUAACAGGAUUUUGCGAUGAAAUAAACAACAUUUGAAACGUCCAGAAAUUGUAAUCUUUUAGUCAGUCAAACCGUGAGGCCCACAGUUUAGUGUCGGCCGAAAACAGACUAAGAAUCCACAAUCUCUGAGCACAGAGUAGGCUUUCUAAGACAAAAUCACCUGAACUAAACACUCACGAAGCGUUUUUAUGCUUGACACAAAGUCUUCUAGUAACACGAGCUCAACCGCACAUACCUGAGAUUUGUCUGUCAACACUUUCGGUAAAUCACACAAUAAAUGACGUUCGCGGCAAUCACAACACUUCCAAAAACUACUUCCACACUUAACAUGGGCGAAACAUCGUCAAAUUACUCCGUAAAACUCUCACUUUCUCCACGCAAAUCGUCACAUGGAACUUUUCUCGACUCACUGACAGUUGAUUUAUUCAAGAUCCUGGAUGUAAACCAGCAGUUGAAAAGGAGACAUACAGCCCCUGCCUUCCAAACAAUUUUUUACUAAGUCUUUGGCCUGGUCAGAAAUCAGCAUGAAUUUCCAUCUUGCCUAAUAGAUUUCAACCCUAGAACCUACUUUGUGAGGCCAAAGACUUGUUACUGCCAACAACAAAGCUCGCAAUGUCCAAUCUUUCCGUCUCAAGCCCAGGAUCAGUCUUUCACCCGUGUAGCCCAAAAUGAGACGAAAUACCAGAAGAUAUUGGACGCAGCAGACUUUGCCAGACAUGAGAAUUGUUCCUUCAUAAGGCUUAAUGAUGCCUUCCGGAAAACUUUGCUCAAGGCAGCCAAAAAAAACUAUAAGACAACCCACUAUGAAAGCCGAGUUCAGUCUAAUACGCGCGCUGAUUUCAAACUGACAUACAGAGAGAAUUAUGGGAAGUUUUUUAAGGAGGGGGGGGGGGUAAUAGGUUAAUAGACAGUGAGAAACUCAUCAAAGUCUAUCUAUGUUUUCCUAUCCAGUACUGAUUAAAUAAAUAAAAAGAAACUAAGGAAAAAAAACAAACAAACAAACAAAAAAACAUGCUCCAUUACAAGACUCAGUGAGAGGGUAUAUAAGAGAGAUUUCUGUAGCCAUGUUUUUGCAAAUCCAGACAGAUAUAUAUAUACCGGUAUAUAUAUAUUUAUAAAAUAACUGAGAUAGUACCCAUGAUCUGAUUGGUCAAAAACCUAUGGUUUAUUAUACCAGUAAACCCAUAGAAAAAGGACGGACGGACGAUGAGCCAUAAACAAAACUGGCUAUUGAUCUGCAAACAAUGAUUUUAGAAAGGCUAAAAAGCAGAACAAGUUACUUACCCAGCCCUUCAAAAGCGUUGGUUUCCACAUUUUAUUUACUCGAAAAGCUUGUAAAUCACUCGCCUUCGGCUCGUGAUUUACAAGCUUUUCUCAUGUUCUCCCAACAUCCCGCGUGGGUUAUCACGCCGGUAAACCCAUAGAAAGUGUGGUCUAUUGCUUAAAUAUAUAUAUAUAUAUAUAUAUGUAUGUAAAACUAGCCUAAAUUACAGUAACUAAAAAUACACUAAAAGUUAAAAAUACAACAAGAUUAAAACAUUGUUUAGAAAAGCUAAAAUACAGCAAUUAAAAUCCAUUUAAAAGCUAAACUAAUACAAAAACUUAACAAGUAACUAAAAAACUUUUGAUCUAUAUAAUUCCAAAAAUGUACGAGUUUUAAAAAUCACAACUGACUUAGAAUCCUUCAUUUCACUUGCAAUAUGAUUAAAAAGUUUAGAUCCAUUAAAAUAAAAAGACUUCCUUGCCAUCUCAGUUCUGACUUUGGGGAGCAGCAAGUUUUGCCCACUUCCCCUUGUGUUGUGGAUUGUUCUAAAAACCUUAAAAUAAUCUUUAAAAAACAUUGGAGGGGAUCCCUUCAAGCAUUUAAAAGUCAAGUUAAUAGUGUGCUUAUCACGCCUCAUAGACAAGGGAAGCCACUUUAAAUUCUUUUCAGCGUCUGAAUCUUUGGUCUUCAAAACAAUCUUAGCUGCCCUUCUCUGUGCUUGUUCUAACUUAUCACGUUCUAUUUUCCCAAUGCUGCUCCAAGCAAGAUCGCAAUAAUCCAUAACCAGCAGAACAAGAGACUGAUAAACGUUCUUGGCUGCAUCGACAGUUAGAUUGUUUCUAAUUCUUCCGAGGAUACCGAUUCUCUUGGAAAUCUUAACCAGUAGCUUAUCCACGUGUUGGUUGAAAUUGAGAUUUGCACCUUUUAGCACACCAAGGUGUUUGUGAUGUUGUGCUUGAUUUAUCGGAUUAUCCCCAAGGAAUAAGCUAAAUGGCCCAUCUGAAAGGGUAGCCGAAGCGAUUCGUUGUUGAGUGCCGAAAAGAACGUAUUCGGUCUUCACAGGGUGAAUGCACAGGUUAUUAAGAUGGGUCCAGGACUGCAACUGUUUUAGAUCUUUAUUCAAAACGGUACUUAUGUUUCCGAUAUUGGAGUCAGCGUAGAAAAGGACAGCAUCGUCUGCAUAAAGUAGGAUCUUUGCCUGAAGUAAACAGUUGGGCAAGUCAUUGAUGUAAAUCGAAAACAAAAUCGGACAAAGUAUGGACCUUGUGGGAGGCCACAUUUUAUCUGCUGAGGUGCAGACUUUGUGCUGCCAUAGACAACAGAAUGACAUCGACUUGUAAGGUAGUUCUUAAACCACCUCAGUUCAUGGUUUUUGAUACCAUACCCAGGCAGUUUCUUUAGGAGAAGUUGGUGAUUUACACUGUUGAAGGCUUUUCGAAAGUCGACAAACACUGCUGCUGUAACACAACAUUUGUCAAUGCCUUUCCUAAUACAAUCCGUGAAAUAUGUAACGGCGUCCUGGGUAGAAUGAUUUUUUCGAAAACCACACUGGAAGGGAGAUAGCUGACUGGACUUAUCUAAAUGUUGGAUGGAGCAACGGAGCCCAGAGUAUAUGUGGGAGGAGCUGUAUUCGCACGGCUCUUUCAAGGAUCUUCGAAGCCACCGGUAAAACGGAGAUGGGACGGUAGUUAUCCAUACACUUCUUAUCCCCAUCUUUAUAAAGUGGAACCACCUUUGCUUUUUUCCAUUCCUCCGGUAAAACUGCAGAAGAAAUCGAGAGAUUUAUUAUGGCUGUUAGCAGAGCUGAAAUGCUUGGAGCCGCAUCCUUUAGUAGACGGGCUGGAAUUCCGUCAAGUCCUGUACCUGUUGAUGUGUUAAGCAGCCUAAGUUGACAAUGAACAAAUGCGCUGAUACUGGUUUCAAAGAGAACAAAGAUUGACUUGAAUUAUUCAAACAUGCUUCUGUGCUCAGUUGGUUCCAUGCAGUUAAGAGGUGGAAUACUAGAAAGCAACUUUUCCACAACAUUUGUAAAAUAUGUGCAGAAGCCAUUUGCAAUAGUAAGGGCUUCUGUGGUUGUUUUUCCAUCUACUGUGAUAGGCUCAAUGGAAUAUUUUACAAUUUUUAUUCUGUAAAUUUUUUCUUUGCAAGCCCUAGGAUUCAAUUCUACAUGGAGAAAACUUUUUCAGUUCUGUGUGUUGAGAUCAUGGAAACCUAUUUCAGUGAUAUUGUGAAAAGUCCUGGAAAAAAUUGUGCACUGUUAGGGCACCUUCCAUUCAAGCCCAAAUUCUGCAACUUUCAGUCGGUGCAUCAAAUGGAAUGGACCAUUUCGGUUUGGUCCAACCGGAAUAUUCAGGACCAGCUUUGAAGGUACUGUGGUCCACUUUGACGGUCUGGGGCCGGUUGCUCGAAGCCUGGUUAGCGCUAACCGUUGGUUAAGAGGUAUCAAAAUGUAUAGGUUUCCAUGGUAUUUAACGCUGGUCAGUGCUAACCAUGCUUCGAGCAACCCGGGCCUGAUCAUUUAGGUCCGUCAGACCAAAAUGUUCUUUUCCAUUUGACAAAAUUGUUGUCGCCAGUACCACUCUUUUGUAUCGUGCUUACAAGAACAAUAACCAAAUGCGCAGUGGCUUGGGUUGGGUGUAGGCCUUUCCUGAUUAUGCUAGUAAAACUGGCAUGUUAUACUCAUAGCAAUACUCUUUUUAUGCCACAAAGUGCUCAAAUUGUGCUUGAUUCUCAAAAUAAUGCUACUUUGGUUCUAGAAAAUGCUUUGUUUUAUUUCAAGCAAAACGUGCAAACUCAGGCAUCAUGUUGUGUGCUUAUUAUCAACUGAAUAAAGUGAAAAGGGCUUAAUUGUUUGUUUAUAAAACCCCUGAUACAGCCAAAACUUGUCCAAUGAUAAACAAUUGAUAAUGUUUGAAGUCCUUAGAGCUUGUUGUACUGUGACAUGAUGCUAGACUGCAAAACAGUCGGUUUUUUCUCAAAAGCCUGGCCUGGAGGUAGUCAACAAGAGCACUUUCUGUAGCUCGUUGAAGGAUGCUCUCAGUAUAGUCUUUCUGCCGUAGCAGACGGUGGUUGGACAAGGAGAACUUACUUCACUGCUGAAGCGCUAUCAUUGAAGGGACUGGUCUAUGCACUGGCCGACGCCGUCUUGUUUGAGCAAGCGCGUGAACGGCUUCUAAUUAAAAAGUUAACUUCUGAGCAGCUAGCUCCAGACUUCUUUUGAGUCAGUUCAGUUGCACUCAGUUCAUAGUUUAGUUACAUAAAUCCUUCUCUCAAACACAAAAGCAAAUCAUCACAAUGCUUUUGAAUUCUAAAUUAAGCAUUUAAAAUCUUUUGAGUGCUGAAAUCUAGAUCAAAGUUAUGCAAAAUGCUAAAUAAUGCUAGCAAUUCUAUAUACAGAAAAGUGAGAAAAAAAAUGCUUGAUUAACCAAUUAAUGUCAAAAAAUUGCUAGCAUUAUCAAGAAGGGGCUAGUCCAAUGACAUAGAUAUAAUUUCUACCUAAAAGCCAGGUCACUUCCAUUAUUCUUUUUUAUUUGCGUUUUGCUUUUUUUUUGUGUUGUGCUUUUUUGUUUGCAUUUUUGCUUUAAAUUUUUGUGUUAUUUGUGUUUUUCUUUUUUUGUUUGCAUUUUCUUUUUUUGUUUACAGUUUCUUUUUUGUUUGUGUUUGAACCUUCUGGGCCACCGUAAGAAACUGUUUUCACCAAAAUAUAAUUCUGAACCACGUGUACAACCAAUCAUAACAACCACACAUCAAUAGAGAGGAGAAGUCCUUAAGUCACGUUGCCAUAAUAGUAAAAUUUCUGGAUGACAACAAACCAAAAACGUCACUUCAACAGUGAGUUCACUCUGUUUCAAAAUCAUCUUAUUCAAUUUCAUUUAAUUCAAGUCAAAUAUUGGCAAAUUUUCUAGGGUUGAAUCCGAAAGGACCAUAUCUAAGUUUAGAAAAAGGAAAGGAAAAUUUUGUGUUGUGUUCAUCUACUCCAUAAAGUGGUUGUGUGAUAUUAGAAGUUUCAUGUCGCAGUCGUGCAAUGAUGGCUAAGAAAUGUACAAAAAGCAUUCUGUUUUGCCAAUCUAAACCUAUUAUUUUUUUGCCAUUCUUGUUGCCAUCGCCGUCGUUGUUGCUUAAGCUCCCCAUUGUUGUGAUCCAGAAAUUUUAUUACCGUGGUAACAUGACUUCACACUUCUCCUUUCUAUAAUGUACGGUUUUUGUUUAUCUUACUGACUCAGUUAUAACCAUCGGUUUGUUUUCUGUUUGUUUAGAAAAGGGUGACCUAAGGGUCAAAACUGAGGCCCUAAAGAAAGUUAUUCAGCAGAUUUUAAAUGGAGAGAAAAUGCCAUCAUUGCUGAUGGUAAUCAUCAAGUUUCUCAUGCCUCUUGAUGACCAUACCAUCAAGAAGCUGCUGUUGAUAUUUUGGGAGAUUGUCCCCAAGACUGGGCAAGAUGGUAAACUGCUGCAAGAGAUGAUUCUUGUUUGUGAUGCUUACAGAAAGGUAAAGAGAUUUAAUUGAAGGUCUCUGUUAAGUUUGGAAUUCCUCAAAGUAUGAAGCUGAUCAUAAUUCUGCUGCUAACAAAAUUUCUGACUGCAUCGCUUGCAAAUUGAAGGGCUCUAGGGUCUCCAUGCAAAUGAGCCACCCGGUCUACUCGUUUCCAUUUUGAAAGGGUUAUUUUUACCUGUGGCUGUCCAUUAUUGAUUACCUUGUGUUGUUAGUGAAACUAUAAUGGUGCAAAAAUAAAAACACUUGAAAAGAUUUAGAAUUGUUUCAGUAAAUAAUUACUUUUUGCAGUACACUGUACCACAGCAUUACCAUUUUUUCUAAGAAAACAAAGUUUGAUGUAUAAUUAUAAUUAUUAUUUCUUUGAAUAAGUUCCUAGACAGCCAUAUUUAAAAAACAGCUAACAGGUGGGGACAGCAGUAUUUGGAAUGAGGACAUUUAAUCAUUGGGAGUGCUUAUUAAGUUUUCCUUUCAAGGAAGUGUAACUUUGUUUGAGCUAAAUCUUUAAUAGAAUGUUUGGUUGAUAUUAACAGCAGUUGUAAUCACGCAUACAUGUAUCAUGGUCCCUUAUAGUUAACACACACUAACAUGUAUCGGUACUUGUAUGUAUCUUUAUAACUCAUCAUCCUCAAGAGUGUCAUCUUCAUUAAUGAUUAUGCAGAUGUUUGCAUUCCCCUUGUAUGCCUACUAUUUAGAUGCCAAGAUAAUACAUUACUACUUUUUUUAUUGAUGAUACUGUGCUUGGUGUUUUUAACUUGUUAGGACCUUCAGCAUCCUAAUGAAUAUAUAAGGGGAUCAACUUUACGAUUUCUUUGCAAGCUCAAGGUAUUUUCUUAGUAUUGUUUCAGCUGAGGUUCAGUUGGUUUUUUGUUUUCCUUAUACAGUGGAAUCCUGAUGUUUAUGAUUUUUUUAAACCCCUGAUUUUUUGUGAUAUUUCAGGCAAAUUCCUCAGGGGCACCCAACGACAAUUUUCGGAAAAUUAUCUGUUCGGAAGACGAUUUGAGGUCUAGAAUUUUCGGAUCAUUUUCUGAAAAAUUUCUUGCUUGCCUGCCUCUCCUAGGAUUUUCGAACUUCAAAACAAUCGUAUAAUUGCCCAUUUUUAACGGAUUUUUACCCUAAAAAGGUCACCUAGAAUUUUCGGGAGCCUUUUUUCUGGCUGAAAUUUUCGAAAAGGUAUAUUUUGAUCCCUAUAAUUUUCGGAUCACUAUACUUUCAGCUAGGAAAUCCGAACAGAUGAAAAAUUUUUAGGGGAUAAAAAUAAGCCUUUAUCUAACGUUUAAAUACUAAAGUACGUUCAACAAUGCUUUGUUUAUGUGGUUUUGAACUAUAUUCUCGUUGGGUGCCCCUGAUUCCUGCGUCCUGUCAAAAAUUUACACUUUAUAUUCUCAAAAGGGUUUCAGCAUGCAAAGGAAGUAGUAUACAAAUAUCCCUCGAAGGCCUAGGGGAGGUGAAUAGUGGUGGAUAUAUACACGGAGAUGCAAAGCGUCAAGGCAUAUAUCUAGCGCUGUUCACCGACCCCGAGUGUGAUAGUUGUUUUAGUAUUUGCCAUAUCAGUUGGAUAAUUGAAAAUGUCACUUUGUGAUUUUGUCAAGUGAUUUUUACGACUUUUGUUACAAAUUCAGCAUGAAAAUAAUUUUCUACCUGCCAGUAAACACUGACAAGUUUCGGAAGUCAGCCAAGGGUGGUCAUUGCACGUGUGCUCAACAAGAAUGCUGUAUCAUGACAGACUAGAAACAAUAGAAAACUCCCAAAGCACAAACUCAGCCAAAACGCUAAAAAUCUUCAAUGUUUACUCAAGUUGGGCUUAUAGAAGAUGAUGUCACAGUUUUUCAAUGACCAUGGAAUUUAGAGUCCAUGUGGUUAGCUAAUCAAUUGUGGCCCUGAAAAUGUUGAUGGAAAAAAAACUACGAAUCUUUAAGAAAAUGCUUUUUUCGGGAGAAGGACUCUUAAACGCCGACAAACGUCAACAAAUAGCUAAAACUAUAUUUCCUAUAAUUAUGUUUGCAUUGCUUGAAAUCGCGUGCAUUUACAAGGUCCUAAAGUUUUUUGCUGACUUGCAAGGACCCAUCUGUUAUAAAGAUCCCCAAAAUAGAGGGAUAAAUCUCAUAGUUUGGUUAUAUAAUUGUGUAAAGUUUGCUUAUCAUUUUCACAUAAAUUAGGACCUAAAUUUGGAAAGUGCUGAAUUUCUGGAAUUGGGUCUUUGCGAUUUUGGUGAAACUCUGUUCAACUUUAGUCACUAAUACGCACCAUAUGUAGCCGAGAGAUUUUCACGAAAUACCAGCAACAGACCCCAAAGAGGCAUGGCAUUAUAACCAUGUGACAUUUACUCUGAUCGCCAAAAAUUUUAUGCUAUAUUGUUGAUUAAUCUAUAUUUUAUCCAUGCUAUAUGUUAGACUUACGACUUAUUGCCCUACCUGGCAAGUGAAAUUUUUUAAGGAAAAAAUCAUCAAAAUAAAAAAAAAAUCAAAAUCAUCACCAGGCCAGUUAAGAUGACUUUUGUGCUAGUACAUGCUAACUACAGCUUGCCCAAAUGGCAAGCUGUAAAACUGACUUUCUUUGCACCCUGUGCACAUUGACUGUUUUCAAAAUUAUUUUAAAGUACAAUGGUCUAUGUUAAGCUACUUAUCAUACUAUACAUGACAGAUUGUUACAAAUAGCGUUAGUUACUAUUUUGAUCUACUUUUUGUCUUCGUUCUCGCUUCACAUACAUGUACCUGUCUAGGCCAAAUAAGAGAGUCCCCCCUCCCUCCCUCCCCCCACACGGGGAACUACUACUGCAUUCGUUUUUCACAGUGCGCUUCUGUUACAGUAAAUGGAAGGAAAUGACUUGUAGUCUGAAGUCCCUGCAAAAUUGCUACAUGCAUGUUCUGUAUAUAUUUCUUUGCUUAGUUGGAUUAAAUUUUUACUGUGCAUAUACUUUUUGUUUUUACAUGUACGUAAGAUGGUACAGAUAUAUGUUGUGGCUCAAUUUUAUCCUUGGUUUAAUUUUUAUUUCCCAUUGUUUCAAACUCAUUAUCAUGCAUUACCAUACCCUAAAACAAAGGAAGAUAAAAUUUAAACUGAGAAUAAAUUUGAACCACAACAUAUACAUACAUUGAUAUUUAAGGGUGCUACAUGUAUACCUUUGUUGUCUGUGGCCUUUUUGGUUAUUAUAUAAAAUAUAAAAAUACCAUGGAAAAAAAGGUGUGAUUCAAUGCCAUCCUCAAUUGUUUUAGCUUCUGAUUUUUGGAACCAAUUUCCAUGUCCUUUGUUGGUUGGAAAAAUAGGCAUUCCACUGUAGCACUAUUGUUUUAGUUAUUCUUCUAAAACUGUACUGAACUGUUCUCUGUGUAAAUUUUAUGUGGAAAGGAAGCCGAGUUGUUGGAGCCUUUAAUGCCAGCCAUCAGAAAUUGUUUGGAGCAUCGCCACUCCUAUGUCCGACGUAAUGCUGUCAUGGCCAUUUACACUAUCUACAGGUGAGCAAUUUUAUGUAUUGACUGUGUACAUUGUACAUAAAUUUUGUUAUAUGGGUUAACAGGACCUGUAGGUUGGUUACUAUUUGGGUCCUGGGCAAACCAGUUUUUCUACACUUUUGAUAAAGUAAACAAAAUGCAGGACUGGCAAAUUCCAAUUGGCAGUCACAUUAUUUGCCAUUUGCACGGCCGAUCAGUUGCAUUUACUGAAAAGAAGCCACAAAAGUCUGAAUCUGGUACAGCUGUAUAUCAAAGUUGGGUUUCAGGAAGUGGAAUACAAAUUUCCAUGUAGAAUGUUCUGACCAGGAAAACAGGACUGCCUUUUCAGGUGUUUCAUUUUACUAGCAAUUUUUUUUAGAAUAUUAGUAUGUUUGAGCUGCAUAUAUCUCUUGUUUAGAGAUACUAUGUGUCAGUGAAUGGCCUACAAGCAUCAUAUCAUCAAACAUCAUAUUUUGGGGCCAAGGGAAGCUGUGAAAAUGCAAUUCAAGAGUUGCCUUAAAUGUAGAGAAUCUAUGAAAACUUGCUGCGAAGAAAAUAGAGGUGAAGCUUUUUAAUUAGUCUCGCUUGCAUAAGCAGGGAGAUUCAUAAUCUGCGGCACGUUUUUCUUCAUAUUUAGGACACAAAAGGGGAGUCAUUGUGGCAGGCAUUCCUAUUGGAGACAAUGAAAACUAGGAAUGAGAAUCAUUGCCUGAUUGAAGCCACACAUGUUUUGCAAAGAAAGCUUAGGAAAGAUUAAAUUUAGAGAUUUUCUGAAAUGUGUCGGUCCAUGAAUUCUAUUGCUUCAAAGCGUUGAUUACUUUGGAACAGGUGAACACCGCUGAGUGGUAAAAAAAAAAUUUGGAUUUUAAUGAGCAAAAUUGCGAUGGUCAGGUGUUGUAAACUUUCGUUGUAUGCAAAUGGGUCUUGUGAUGAGUUUUAUCUUCAGCAAUGAAAUGACGUUCUGUGUAGAUCACUUCAUUGAUUUCUGGGAAUGAUGUAAUUUCUUUGAAUUUUCAUUUAUUUAUACACGCGCAUAGCGUGCGACGGCAGACGUAUUUCAGGUCAUAUGAACCUAGGAAAAAAAUUCAUACAGUCAAGUGUGGUGCUGAGGGAUUUAACAACUGAAACUCACGUUGCCAAAUUUUAUUGUGUCUGACAGAAUUGUUUUGCAACAUUGCCCCACAAAGAAAAUCUUUCCUUGCCUGAAGCAUCUUACCCGACGUAGACACUGUCAAUGCUGAGGCAAACUUUCGUCUGAGCAGCUGUGCACUUGAGUAUGCGUGGCUCAUUUACAUGUGGUUCUUGCCUGUUCUGUAUAUUUAUCUUCAAUUCAUAAACUUUAAUCAAGAAGAGAAGAGUUUCUGUGCUAACAAAGACAUGCCUUGUAGACAUUUUUUUUUUCACACCAUUACUUGAAGAGACAUUUUUACUUGUUUUGUUCUUAGAAACUUUGAUUUCCUGAUCCCUGAUGCCCCAGAGUUGGUUCAUACCUUUCUUGAGCAGGAACAGGAUGCCUCAUGUAAACGCAACGCUUUUAUGAUGCUCAUCCAUGUUGACCAGGUACAUGUAGAUGGUUUUUUGUUAAAUGCACCGUGGUAAAGAGCUGCAUAGGGGCCACACCUUUUCCCAAAAGUCCAGUUCUCCACGCAUAUAAGUUUUCUGCAAAACUAUGCUUAAAUUUUGUUGCUGCCAAAGGGCUGUGAAUAGUAUAAAAUAAUAUUAAUGUGGGGUGACCCUAAAAAAACAUGGAAUGGCAGAAAACCGCCCCAAAUCCUAAAAGACAAAAUAUAAAAUCUCGAGUAAAAUGAAAAAAAAAUUAUAUAAAUGGCAAGAUAAAAAAAUUGUUCAUUAAAACAGGUUAAACAUUGUCAUUUGUGAGUUCCUGUCCUGUUCCUGUGUAAGGGAGUAAAUUGCUUUCUGUCACAUACAUGCCUAGGGAGUGAUUUUACUUAAACCACAUUUUGUUGUUUGGUUUUUUGUUUUGUAAAAAAUGCAACAGGUUCCUUUUUAAGGCUCAAUAUUUAGGUUCCUGUGUCAUAAAUAAUAUUGUAUUCGACUUAAUGCACGUGACAGUCGUGAAGGUCAAUUAUUACCAGACGAUACUGAAUGGGGUCUGUUGACCGGUGAUAUGACUUUCUAUCAACGGGAAGUAAUAGUUGUUGAAGGUAAAUAUGUUUUCAAUUCUUUUAGAAUUCCGUUCAGAUCAAAUGGGUGUCAAACCAACAAAAUUACUCUGACAGUGGCACCAACAAGUUCAUAUCUUGUCAAUUUCAACAGUUAGAACUUUUUUUUAGUAAAAUUCCAAAAUGCUUAGUCAACACCAAACUUUAAACAGUUCAGUACUUUUGUUUGCGUUUGACCGCAACUGGCGACCAUACCCUUCAAACAGUAAUUUUUUUAGAUGAAACACUAAUAUUUUUUAAGUGUUCCUCCUAAUGUGAUUUUUGUGUGAUUUUCCAGUUACUACACCAUCUAUUUUAUAAGCUACUUUUUAUGAAUGCUAUUAAUGAUUUUUUUGCUCUAUGUUGUUUGUCAUCUUCCGCCAUUACGUCAUUUUGUCAUUCUGUGUUUUAGGGUCACCCGUAAUGGAAAACUUCACUUGCCCUUAGUAAGGAAUAAGAUAUUUAACUUGAAUUAAACAGUAUUACAAUGUACUGUCAGGCCAGUUACAGUGAUACUGGUUAUGGUUACUCCAUAGGAACGAGCACUGGAGUACCUAAGUACAUGUAUUGACCAAGUCAACACUUUUGGUGAUAUACUACAGUUGGUUAUUGUUGAACUUAUCUACAAGGUAUUUCCUUUUUCUUUUUUAACUUUUUGCUUUAUUACUUUAAUUUAAAGUCGUUGUGGUGUUGUUUCAGGGUUUGAUGUUACAACCUGUGGGGUCACCAAUGCCACUGGAUUUUAUUCAUUGGCAACUUACUUUUCAUUCUUGGUCACCAGCUUGCCCACUUUAUGUUACUGGCUUAGAAAUGUUGCAUAGAUGUGGUGAUGAAUAAUAUACCAAAUGUAUUCAUGAAGCCAUUGAAAAUGUGUUUUUCUCAUUUCAUUACUUAUUUUAUUUGCUGGGAAAUGUAAAAUCUAUGUUGUGCAUACUUUAGAACUGGGAAGUGACAUCUGUCUUACCAAACUUUUUAGGUACAGUUUAUUGUUGUUUUUUGAAAAUUGUCAAUAAAAUCAGUAGAAAUAGGCAUUAUUAAAAAAAAUACCAAUGGAGCCUGUAGAUAAUAGUCAUUAGGGAGCUUGUCCUAUUUGUCCUUGGAAAUUUUGCUGAAAAAUGCGUCUUCAAGCUGGUUGAGCGGUUUUCGGGUCACCGUCAUGCUAUACUGUGAUCUUAAAAUAACGGAAACAAAAAAUAGUUUCCCAGUGACGUAUCCUGAUAUAUUCAGGCUCAUAUAUAUAGUUAUAGUAUUUUCCCACUCAGAUUCUUAACUAGUAGAGCAAUAUUCUUUGGUUAUGACUCAGCUUGCAAAUGAAAUUAAAACAUCACCAUUCGUUUGCCAUCUUGAAUCGUUUCUAAAGUGCUUUGCACGUUACUGAUGACUCAUGCAUGAAAGAUAUUUUACUGUUAUUAACAGCAAUUGUUAUGGCUUGCAGUGCCAAGAAAAAAAAUGUUUGCUGGGAAAAGUUUCAAAACAUUUAAUUGAAGGUGAUCUUUAAGUGAUGAUUUCACAGUUGAAGCUGAUAAUGAGGCCCAAAUCUCUUUUUGAAAAUACAAGAUUUGUGGUGAACAUUUCAAGUGAGUAUACAGCACUGUACCUCUUCAGUUGGAUCGAAGGGGAGUCUGGAGUUUUAGACACUUAAAUGCACACACAUUUAACACUUAAGGUGAUUCCUUAGUAAAAGAACCUAACACAGAUUGUAGAUGAGAUUUGGUACACUGAUGUAACAAGUCAAGAAGAUGAUAAAAAAGUAAUAAAAAGUGGAGGUCACCGUGUUUGUUUUGACGUCACAAUUCUGACAAAUACGGCUAUUUAGGACCUUUUGACAAAAACCGUGCACAGCCCAAAACUAGACAAAAAGGAGACAUUUUUUCAACGACGCAUGCAGUAUCGCACAGAAUUUGACUUUAAUGUAUUAUUUAUCCACUUACGUACAAGAAAAAUGCCUUUUAAUGCCCUUGUUUUUACUUUAUGUUCCAAAGUAGAAUUAAAUUGGACACGCGCUAUUCGACCCGUGAUAGCUCAAUCCUUACAAUUUAGUAAAAUUGCCAAAAAGCUAAACAUAGAUUUGGUCCAAUUUUUUUCUCAUCGAAAGGAAGCACUGUCUUUAUUAAAAUCAUGAAAUAAAAAAUGGGGGUCACCAUACUCAUUUUUGCGGUACAGCUGUAGAAAGUGCGCACCAAAUGCAUUUUCUCCGAUUUUUGAGAGAGGACCGGAGCAAGUUUCGAAAUAGAAUGUACGUGAAAGGGGGAAGAAAGUAUUAAAAACUCCGUUUUUACAGAAUUUAUAGCUAGAUAUCACAUUUAGGACACAAUAUGAUAAGGAAAGCGUUUAAAUGAAAGUCAAAGUGAGUAAGCACAAGUUAAACAUCCACUAUUGAAGUUCUCCGUGAGGAAGUCGAACUCAGCAACACGCGUACUGCUUACGUUAUGCAGAUUCCCAGCACAUUGAGUCUCACCUCAGCAGGAAACAACUGCAAGCAAAACUUCCAAUAGCGUUUCCCUUCAGUCAACUUCAUUUUAAUAAAUGUUACUUCUCAUACUCUUAUUUACGGCGGCCAUCUUGUUAUGGGCAGUUAGAGAUGCGCAGUGCAAAACCAGGGAAUCACGUUAAAUUGACCUUCCCCUUUUUUGUGUAAAUUAUAGUACAUACUGAUGUUUCACAACAUGUUUCUGUACAUUAAAAGAAACAAAAGUGGGUUCCCAUCAAUUUUCACAGAACUAGAAAAUUGUUACAGAUGGUUUCCCCUAAUCUUUGGGCACAGAAACAAAAAAUUAUUAUCUGUGGGAAUUAAAAUCUUAGGGCUUGCAUAAAGCCAUUUGCAGGUAGUACACUUUGUGGCCUUGUGAUUCAUGUGCAAAAUAUUAGCUUGCAAAGUUCAGGCGUACACAGAAAGCAAAAUUUGGCUUUAAAAGUAAUACAGCAGUCUUGACUUUUACUUUUCGCUUUUUCUCUUUCCCUCUUUUUUUGCUUUUCUCGCGCCAUUUUUUUCCUUUGCUGGGCAUUUAGUAGGCUUCAUUUUGAUGGGAAAAGUUGUUAGGAAAGCUUUUAGGAUCUUAGAAUUAGAUGAGAGAAAAGGUAGAUGGGUAGUGGAACAAGAUUUUCAUGGAAAUUUUCAGGUCGAUGUUACAUUCUUUUUGGUGUUUUUCUCUGGUGUCCUUGACUGAAUUGUGCUCAUUCUGUUAUGGUUUGAAAGAUCUCUUCACUCUGCACAAGUUAGCGGACAGAGUUGUCCUUGACCAUUAAAACUGAUGAUGUCACAAGCGGUAGAAGGGACAUGGAUUUGCGCGGGCGGUUACAGGUGGCUCAAGGGCAAAUGGGUUAAGCAAAGAUGUUUUUGAGCGAUGCACAUCAAACUAAAGUGAGGCGUUUUCUUUUUAAAUACAUGUAUAUGUAUGUUGUGUUCAAUUUUAUCCUUGGUUUAAAUUUUAUUUUGUUUUAUUUUUGGGUAUGGUAAUGUAUGAUAAUGAGUUUGAAACAAAAGAAAAUAAAAUUUAAACCAAGGAUAAAAUUGAACCACAACAUAUACCUUGAUGCUACCAAAUUUGUAUUGCUAGGUUCCUUUACGCUUAUAGAAACGAUUUGCUUGAAAAUGUGGACAAAACCACUGCAAAAGAAUGCAAAAAGUAGUGCGUCACUCAAAAUUAAUGUCUUUGCUUAAACUUCCUUUUGUUUUCCCUCCAAACAUUUUGUGGAAACAUUGUUUUCAAUUUCUCUUGGGCUGACAAAAAGGAUAUAUAGAGGAUAUUACAUGGCCGCGCGGGGAUACAAAUUGUAUCUCUCACGAGUGAGCUCACUCGUGAGAGAUACUUUCAGCACGAGAAGAUAAAAUUCGUAUCCCCAAGCGGCCAUGUAAUGUUCAGUUUAUUUUAUAGAUACUGAUGAAAUUCCUACAUAAUACACAACUUUUUUUUAUUCAUUCUCGAAACAGCAAAGUAGUGCAAUUAAAGUGGUCACCUAUCACAAAAUGCCUGUCGCAAAAUGUUAUGAAACUUGGAUAUAAAGUUAUAAAGGAGAAAUAAAGAUAAUAAUACUUAUAUUUUCUGUUCCAAAAGUCAAAAUUAAUGUUAGUAACCAUGGCGACACCAAUAUCCUCACAUGAAAGAUAAAAAUAGUAUCUUCACUGUAUGUGAUGAAGACAUGAUUUUUUAGUAAAAGGAAAAAUCCUUGUAUUUCAUCAGUAUCUAUAUAAUAAAUACAGGUAGUGUAUGAGUUUGGAUGUUGUACUAGUCUUAACAUUGAAGUAAAAGAAUAAAUUAUGUGCAGAUUAAUGAAGAACUCAAGAAAAUGUACUUUACAUGUAUGUACAGGAUUAAUGUUUAUCUUGGCAUGCCAUGGUUAAGAGAUGAACCUUAUUACCUUAUUAUAGGAAAUUAAUGCUCCAUGAAAUUAACACGAAUUGUUAAAAUUUGCAUUAAUUUAAGUCGGGUAAAUUUUUUUGAGCAUUAAUUUCCGCAAUGUUAAUUAAGUGCAGCGUUAAUUUUUGUGCUCUUAAUUUAGAGUAUUUUAACCCCAAUUUUGGAACCUGUCCAGACAUUCUUGAUGCCUAAACAACAUUAACUACAAGCUUUCUUUCUUUCCAUUUACCCUUUAUUUUAACCCAUUCGCUCCUGGAGAUUUUGCCGAAAAACGCGUUUUGAAGCUAGUCGAGUGGUUUUCUGGUCACUGUCGUGCUAUAAAGAGCUACAACUUACCACAAACCGGUUUACAGGUCGUACACUUGGCGGCCUUCUGGUAGGUGGGUAAUGGAACAAGAUUUUCAUGGAGAUUUUCAGGUCCUUGUCACGUGGUUUUUUGCUUCUUUCUCCGGUGUCCUUGACUGAAUUGUGCUCAUUCUGGUAUGGUUUGAAAGAUCUCUUCACUCUGCACAAGUUAGCGAAGAAAGUUGUCCUUGACCUUUAAAACUGAUGAUGUCACAAAGGGUAGAAAGGACCUGGAUCCGCACGGGCGGUUACGGGCGGUUCAGGGGCGAAUGGGUUAAUUUCAUCUUUCACGAAAGCUAAGGCGAAGGUUUACAAUAUUUCGAGUUUAUCUUCAUCGUUGUCGCUGUCAGAAGUGAUGUCAGCUCAGUUUUGUUCAGUUUAGGAUUUUUUUGCAUCCAGUGUUGAAAUAAAUUUGUCCAACUGUGUCUCAAUCGCAUUAAUUUCCUUUAUUAUGAAAUUCUACCUCCUCUUUCGCGUUGAUUUUCGUUAUUCAAAAGUCGUUUCCCAUUAAAAUUUAAUGUGGGUUAAUUUAAGUAGCGUUAAUUUCCAAUUAUACCUUAAUUUCAUGGAGCGGUAAUUUCCUAUAAUAAGGAAAUAAAAAUGGCAAAUAAUGAGAUUUUAAAGAAAUAUUAUUUAUUUUCUUAGUACCUGUGGCUGUUAAAUGCUUUUUCUUUGCACAAACUGUCAAAGGUACAUAAGGCUGUAAGUUAUGUGGUUAUGACACUGUUGUUUUUGUUUUUUCUUGUAUUUUGGUAGGUGUGCCAUGCUAACCCAGCUGAGAGAUCACGUUUCAUCCGAUGCAUAUACAACCUGUUGAACUCUUCAUCACCUGCUGUUCGUUAUGAAGCUGCCGGUACAUUGGUUACUCUGUCAUCUGCACCCACAGCAGUCAAGGUAAUUUUAGAGUACACUGAGUAAAAGCUGGUCGCAUUGGUGACCCCACGGGUCGCAACGUCGAGCCUUGGUGUGUUGAUAGUGACAAGCCAUUUAUGCCUUUGCAGACCUUUUCAGGGUUAUGUUCACCACCUUAAGGUAUUAGAACUGCUAUGAAGUCAAAAAUCGAUCAUGCACUGUUUUCGAAUAUAAUUGUAAUCACAGGGCUGAAAUGCGAUGUGAAUGUUAAAUGAGGUACUAUGCAAAUUACUGUGUUGCUUAGGCUUCAAUACUGCUCAUGACACCAUAUUGAGAGCAUGUAACAAAACCAGUUCAAAUGAACAUUUUCACAUUUUUCUCGCCACAUUUUGUGUGACAAUCAGGUCAGUGUUGAAACAAACAUUAAUUAAGACCAGCUGUUUACUCGUAAGAAUUCAAGAUGGGGACAAAGAAAACAGUGUAGCGCAAUGAAAAUUUAGGAUGUCUUAAUUAAGUGUGAUUUUGUGGCUGUGUUAGACCACGCUGAAAACAAAGUCAUGUAAAAAGGUGAGGAUUUUUAAUACUGUGCUAAAACUUGCCAGGUUUAUUCGCAUAUUAUUGUUAAGGGAAAAUGUCUUAAAUUCCCAGCAAUAAGGGCUGAACAUUUUGGAAUUUUCGGUGGCUGCCUGAAGUUACAUGUACAAGGCAUUACAAAAAAAUUCCACCGCUAUAUCUCAAGGACAAAUUGACAAACAAUGUCAAGAAUUCAAAGGUAAAUUAACAGUGUAAGUCUAAGUCAGUUCCAAUUUAUUUUUUUACCUACCGGUAGUUAUCAAGGGAAAGUCAGAAAUGUGCAAUUCUUGAUUUUUUUAGCCUGCGCUGUGAAAUCAGAAAUCACACCUUGGGUGUGAAAAUAGACACCUGAUAUCAGUUUUCUGAAAGUUCAGGUCUCACUUGAUAGACUUGUGUAAUGUUUAUUUUGGGAAAUUCUUUAUUAUUCAAGAAAUAAUUUUUUAAAAAGAACAGGUCUGUAGCAGAUCUAAUACUUUAAUGUAUGUACAUGUAGACUUCUAUUAUUAGAGAGCCUUCUCCACUGAAAAUUAAUUCAAAGCAUGUUUGUUCUCAAACCAUGGGCAACAUUAAUCAUUGAAGAAAAUGAUCUUGUUUGGUACUCUUCAAAAGAUAACAAACCUACCUGGUCAAAAAAUUUGGGCCAGCUCUGAUUUUCCUGUUGAUUUGUCCUCACUGCCCAUGCGCAUUCACACUUCAUUUUAUUCUCUGAUCUCAGUCGUCGCACUUUUGCAAGCAAGGAACGACAGAAUGUUUUCCUUUUAAAAUACAUACCAGUACUUACAGCUGUAGUAGCCUGAGUACUAUGAGUUUACUCUUUCUUAACAAUACCAUUGACGUUUGUAUCAUAUUACUAGUUAGUAGUAAGAUAUUUUCUCUAUGGACUGAAAAAAUCAAGAAAAUUCAUGAAGGAAAUAAUCGACAUUACUUUUUUGAAAGAAGAUAUACUGUGUAGCAACCAGGUUUUAUAGUGGUUGGGAGGUCAAACUGCAAACAGGUGAAAGUGAUUUUGUCAUUAUUUUCGUCUUUGUUAUUGAAUGUACGAGCAUUUUUUUGCUUUAAGUUAUUUAGCUUGAUUCUUGUUUCUCUGUCCUGUAGUCUGCAGCAUCCUGCUACAUUGAGUUGAUUGUAAAGGAGAGUGACAACAAUGUGAAGCUGAUUGUAUUAGACAGGCUGAUAGCCCUGAAAGACAGUCCAUCUCAUGAGAAGGUUCUCAGAGUAAGUUCACUACACUAGCUAUAGUUCUCACUACAUCUGCUCCCACCUUAGAUACAUGUAUGACGUUUAUUUUGAAAUAAGUGUUCUGACAUAAUCUCUUUAUUUCUAUGCUCUUAGGUUAUGACAAUUUAAAACCUCGGGGAAAACCUCAUAGUGAUUAGGGUUAAGCGCUGAACAUAGUGCAGUGAUAAGGGUAAUAUAUGUAUUUAAUUAUGUAAAUUGACAACGUACCUUGCAGUCAAAUCCACUGUGGUAUAGUGGUAUAGGCAAUGGAUUUCGGUUUCAAGGACCACGAGUUUGAAUCCCACUUAGGCCACAUUCAAUCUCCUUUUUUUUUCUAAAAAUAAUUGAAGGGACUUAGAUGUAGAAAAAGAUUAAAAGAGUAGAAAUAUGAAGAGACUUUAGAAAUUUCGUGUAAGUGCAGCUAAGAGGGGAAGGUGGUGCUGGAGGAUGGAAUUUAAUGCUAACUGGUCAAUGGAGUGUUUCCAGAAUUUAUAAGACCACCUUGCGUACUUGCUGAACCAGAAUUAAACAAGACCGCCUUGUUUGCGUCUUGAAAUGUUUACCGUGACCACCUUGUUGCAUACCUAGUUUCUUCAAAUCAAGAAGAUUUUGCAUUAUUAUCAUCCUUACAACAGAAAAAAUGAUACUUCUCUAUGCAGGGAAAGUUUAGGGUGCCUCCUUGGGUUGGAGGCCUGAACCCUGCAGGGGCAGCAACAAUAAGCUGUGUAUGCAUCAUUAGUGUACUAAUUGUAUAACCUGGCUGGUAUACCACUGUACUGUAUGUGUAUUCUGUAGUGGAGUUUGUGAUAGAGUUUGUGUUCUGUUUAUAAUGCAUUAGGAAGUGCUGAGGUGACAUCCCUAUGAGCCAGCAGUGGCAUGUCUGUUCAUACAACUGUAAUUAAGUUCAUUUUUAACUUGUGUUUAUUUUUUGACUGUAGCUAGUGAAAAAAAUAUAUUUAGUCUGGAGGCCUCUCUUAAACAGGUUCCUUGUUUUCAUGGUCAAUUAUAACACGGGUAUUUGCUACAAGUCAGAAUUGAAUUCAAGUGUGAAUGUUUUUAACUUAGGCUGGUUCCCAAUUUCUUUUCGGUGGCUCAACUGGAUUUUUUAGGGAGUGUACAUGUACCUCCCAAGUUUGAGUAUUACUGCAUCGGCAUUAACUUUGAUAUUGGAAAAAAGUUUUCACAGCCAUAUUAUAAUACUAUAAAGAUGAAAAUUUGUUAUGAUCCUUGUUUUAUUGACAUUGUAGUUACAAUGGCAAUGUAGUGCAUUGCACUACAGAAUUAUCUUACAGUAAUAAAUUGUACUAGUGUGUGUACAUUGUAUACUUUUUUUGUCCUACAGGAACUAGUGAUGGACAUCCUUCGUGUUCUGUCAUCUCCUGAUCUUGAAGUGCGAAAGAAGACUUUACAAUUGGUGCUUGAUCUGGUCACUUCUCGGAACAUCCAUGAGGUACAUGACUGUAGAGCUGAUUUACUCAAGUCACUCCUCUGCAAAAGUAAUGGGGACGAAUUUUGAUUACUUUAUACCAAACUGUAAUUUUCCUUCAGUGUAGGUGUAGUUUAUCAGCAAUAUUAUAUUAAAAGAAGUGCAUGUUCUUUACUGAUUUGAAGAGGAGUGGUAACUGUCUAUUGAUUGCUACAGCUGUAGCUACCUUCCUGUAUGUUAUUGGGUUCUUGAAGGCAAAUGUACUUCAUUAUUUUUUUUUUAUCUUUUUCCUUAGGUUGUUGCUGUAUUAAAGAAGGAGGUAACUAAAACCCAUAAUGAGAGUGAGCACGAGGAUAUUGGUGGAUAUCGACAGGUGACUGCUGAUCAUUACUAUACAUGUUUUAACUUGAAUAAGUAACACUCCUAAAGUAAGCAACAUGCACGUUAAUAUUUUUGUUGUGGUCCAAGUCUACUGGCCUGUGAUUGGCUUCGUGAUGCUGCCCAAUACAAAUUAUUAUCUGCUUCCAACUAGCUGUCAUUACAUUUCUAAAGCGAUGAAAUUGAAUUUACCGCACAUGCUCAAAUUAGCAACCCCCCUCCCCCUCCCUUUGCUAAGAUUAGUGUCUCCUUCCAAAAUAGGCAACUUAAUAAUUUAAGUUUUCAUGUUUAAUGUCACAGUUUUUGUUCAUUUUAAGCAAAGGCAAAUAUCAUCUUGGUUCUUAAAUUCUGAAUAAGUUCCACCCCCCAAUUAUAGGCACAUCCACCUGUUGGAAAAAACAUCCAUUAUAAGUCCCCCGCUCCCUUCUAGCUGUGAAGCUUAAAUAAAAACUAGUAAAUUAAUGGCUUGGCUAAUGGCUUGUUUCUAUAAACCCAGCCAGGCUCGGAUUUAAGCCUGUGUUUAUAAGCCCUCCUAAAACCCCUUGCAAAGAUGUAUAAGCCUGCUCAGGGCUUAUAAGGUUAUCGAUCUUCGAGAUUUUUUAGAUUUUCUUUAUAAAUUAUAUAAUGAAAAAUGUUUUUUCAUCCCGUUUAUCGCCAAGGGUGGGCCUAUACGUUAAAAUUAAAAAUUGAAAAAUUAUUAUCAUUACUUUUUUGCAGAUGCUUGUUCGUACACUUCACACCUGCAGUGUGAAGUUUCCUGAUGUUGCUACAUCUAUCGUGCCUCUGGUGAGUGAGUUCUUUCGUGUUGUUCCAUCAUUUUUGUUUUCAACCAUGUACUGGGUGAUCCUUUUCGUUGUUGUUAAAAUCUGGCAACUGAUUUUAAGAAAAUGAGUAGAACUUUACUUGACUUCCUGAAAUCCUUUGAUCUGGCUAUGAGCGCAUUUCUGAUAUUGUAAAAUUAUGUUUGUUUUUUUAACACUUCACCCUUACUAAAUUUGUUUCUUUUAUGUUUGUAGCUAAUGGAGUUCUUGGGAGAUACCAAUGAACAAGCAGCAUUUGAUGUUUUGUUGUUUGUGCGUGAGGCAGUGCAGCGCUUUGAACAGCUCAAGCCUGUAAUCAUGGAAAAGUUGUUGGAGAAUUUUCACACCAUUAAGACCGUUAAGUAAGUAUUGAGGAACAGUUUUAUAGUCACAGUCACGCUUGAAGACUAGGAUGCCAGUUUGUUUUUCCAAUUUUUGGUUGCUGUUGCAUUGUGUAUAGCUAGAAGAUAGAUUUAAGUUUUCUGUAAGACUGAUCAUCUGUGCCUUUUUUGUUUUUAUGACAUUCUUAAAUCAAUUGUUUCUUGAGCUGAAGCACCGCAUACGCCGAUAAAACCUGCAAUUUAUUAUGGAUUUCAGACGAUCAUGCAAGGGUUGGGGCAUGGGGAUAGGGUGAUCUUCCAAGUCGAGGUAGAUUUUUUAUAGCACAAUUAAUGUACUUACUAUUGUGUACUGAUACAAAACUGUGACCCCAGUGUGUCACCAGUUCCUCACAAGAUUUUGUGUCAAUCUAGGAUUCACCGCCAUGCUUUGUGGAUCAUGGGUGAAUAUGCAAACAACAAGCAAGACAUUUUGGAUGUCAUGGAAGAGAUCAAGAAGGGACUUGGAGACGUGAGAUUUGUUGUGAAAAUUUCAGACAACUGGAUCAAUUUUGUUUAUCCUAUGGCACUGUUAGAAGUUGACAACAAUUAACUUGUCCCUUCCUGCAGGUUCCUAUUGUUGAUGAUGAAAUGAGAAGAGCUGCUGGGGAUAUUCCUGAAGGUAUCCAAAUGUAACAUCUACCAGUUGGAUAUAACUGCUGUGUGUAGUGUCGUGGUCUCCUGGGAACGGGUUUAAGAUGUAAUAUAUGCGAAUCAGUAGUGUGUAAUAUAUGCGAAUGUAGUAAAGUCAGGACCAAAUUAUCAUAAUGAUAUGAAUACGAACAAGAUACAUGUAGGUGCGACUGAGGGAAAUGUAAAAACCUAAGACCCUACAUUGGCGACAAGGAUGGGAUUCCAGACCGCCAAAGAGAUGAUGGUUUCGAAUGCGGUUCAAUCGGCUACGAGCAGACUAUUGGGACAGUACGCUGACCUGUUUAAGGGUAUUGGAAAGAUGAAAGGGGUGCGAGUGGAUUUUCACGUCGAUCCUGCGAUACGGCCUGUGCCACAACCUCACAGAAGAAUACCUUUUAGUGUAAGGCCUAAAGCUGAGGCGUAGUUGGAGAAACUUAGGGGGUGUUAACAUGACACCGGGGCGACUUUCGCCCCGGAGCGAGUUCACUGCGGUUCCCUCUCAUGGCUCUAUAUUUGUUUACAUGAUACCACCACAAAAUGUUAUGCCGGCGCGAGUCUCCCCGGCGUGAGUUCACCCCGGUUCUCGCACCGGGGCGAGAAUUUCACUCCGGUACGAAAUCUCGCAACGGUAUCAUGUAAACGCGAAACAACCACCCAUUUCGGUGUGAAAUCGGUCUGUCGGGUUGCGCAUGCGCAAUGUGUAUUUUAUCAACACGAAAUGUACCGUUAAAUAACAAGAUAUGAAAUGACCCAGUCAUCAUGUAAACGCGAUACGAAAUCAAAAAAUCAUCCUAGUGUGAAACUCGCGCCGGUGCGAGUUUUCUCUUGUAAACACCCCCUUAUAGCCGAUGACAUGAUCGACAAAGUAGAGAAGCCUACCAGUUGGGUGUCACCUGUUGUAAUAACUCCGAAACGGUUCGUGAAUGAAAUACGAUUGAACGUCGACAUGAGGGAAGCCAAUAAAGCCAUCCCACGAGAGCACACAGUUAUGCCUACACAUGACUUGAUGACAUCAUACAUGAACACAAUGGUGCCACAGUAUUUUCGCACCUGGAUAUGAACCAUGGCUAUCAACAGUUGGAAUUGAAAGAGAACAGCCGUGACAUCACCACGUUUGCAAACCAUUUACAGGUACAAGAGACUAAAUUUCGGCACUAGGCCAUCUGGAGAAAUUUUCCAAGAUACAGUGAGCAAGGAGAUAACGCCAGACAUACCUUGAUGCAUCAAUAUAAGUAACGAUAUUCUUGUGUUCGGCAAGAGCCCAUAGGAACACGACCAGAGUUUAGAGAAGCUGUUCGAGAGGGCUAGUGAGAAAAGGAUCAGCUUUACUAAGGAUAAUGGCCUCCCCUGAUCUAGUGAAAGUGGAGGCUAUCAAAGGGGCUGAACCUCCGCGCAACGCUAAGGAACUCAAAUCAUUUCUGUGCACCGUUCAGUACAACGCGCGAUUUAUAGAAAGUUACGCCCCACAAACAGACAUUCUUAGGGACCUAAUGAAAACUGAUGUUUUUACGUGGAAAAGAGAGCACCUGGUGGUAUUCGAUUCCUUGAAAGAGGCUCUGGCCUCAAACACGGUUCUAGCUUAUUUCGACCGCAACGUAGAGCAUUAAGGUGGCUCGACUGGAUUUUUUUGAGGGGAUCCCUCCCAAGUUGGAGCAUUAACUACGUCGCCACGAGUAAACAUGUGGGAAAAAGAUUACCACAACUGUAUUAUGUAAAGAUGAAAAUUCUUUUGAUCUGGGUUUUAUUGCAAUCGGAGUCGCCAUGGCAACGUAACGACGCCAUUACGUUUUUUAUUUAUCUUUGUGUUUCUCUGUACCAAGAGUUUUUUUAAGAAAUCGCUUGAGGGAGUUUGUACCUGCCAUAAUUGCCUCAGUUAUGGCAAAGUUUGAACAAAUUCUAUGAGAGCGUUUUCGAGAUAUUUUGAAACGAAGUUUUAAGCAUCAUAAAAACAGUGAAAUAGCGUGCUAUCCACACAAUGGGCUAAUUUUUUAAGCAAAUGAUAAGCUUUGGAAACGCGGCUUCAUCUCAUAGUGGUUUGAUUCCAUUGAAAACUGCGUACAGAAAAAAGAGGAGAAGUGCUCCGGGCGAUCGCGAGUAAGAAGAAUUCUAUUAACUUGCAUUCAGCUGCUUUUGUUACAGUUUUUGCACGUAAUUUGGUCCAUGCCUACAAUUUUCGCAUUUUUCAAAAAACCGCUCGAUAAAUUUUUUAUAAAUUUAACAAUCUCGAGAUCAAUUGCCAAUAAAUAUACCCUGCAAGUUUCAAGAACAUUGAAAACAGAGAAGGCUUUCAAAUAGGGCGUCAAAUAUAACCAAUUUUCCCCCCAGAUAUUGUGUUUACCAGGGAGCGUCCUCAUUAUUCAGUGGCAUUGUUUCCAAGUUUCAUAUGCACGUGCACAUUUAGCAAAAAGAAAUAAGUGUCCAUGGCAAGGAAUUAUUAUGAUUUCAAGGACUUGGUAGUUCUCUCCUCGAGUAAUUAGUGGACUUGUGGACUUGUAAGUCUUUGAAAGGAAUGAACCAUACAAAAGCAAAUGAUGCCAGUGUGAUAUUUCAGCGCAUCACAUCACUUUUGGUAAGUCAAGCGACAUCGAAAGUAAGGAAAUGUUUACUUAACCUGUGAAGUACAUGGCACAAAUACAUAUUAGCUUAACUGAAACGACUUCCAUUUGCUGUUUUCAGAUAUAUUUGAUUCAGUUGUAUUUGAUAAAAUAAUGUUGUUUGACAGUUAGGUAAAGCUGUUUUGUCAUAUAUUUGAUUCAGUUGUAUUUGAUAAAUGUUGCCUCACAGUUAUUGGGGCCUCUUAUUAGGCAAGUAAUUUGAACUUUUUUUUAGUACUGUUGCCUCACAGUUAUAAGGACCUCUUUAGUUAUCUACUUUGAAGGGGCCACUUUUGGCAUCCAAUUUGAAUAUUUUGCCACAUAUCGCCAGCCCUCUGGCGAUUUUUGCCAAAAUCGCCUAUUUCGCCAAAAUCGCCAGCCUCCAAGGGGCCACUUUUGGCAUCCAAUUCAAAUCGCCAGCGGCUGGCAAUUUUUCGCCAGUUUCGCCAUUUUCGCCAUUUUCGCCAUUGCAUGCAUUUCUGGACAUAAGUGAUAAAACCCAGAUCAAAAGAAAUUUUCAUCUUUAUAUAAUACAGUUGUGGUAAUCUUUUUUCCAUAUCUUUACUCAUGGCGACGUAGUUAAUGCUCAAACUUGGGAGGUAUCCCCCCCAAAAAUCCUUAAGUACACGUGGAUGGGUGUCCUCUUGGAAUCUCGGCGACAUUGGCGUCCAGCGUAGUCCUGAUGACGACAACUGGCGAGUAGUAUGGGAGCAGGGCUCUGUCGGACGUAGAUAUUCGCAAAUCGAGUUGCAGAUGCUAGCUGCGGAUUUCGCAUGUAGGAAAUUUCAUAUUUUUCUCUACCAUUUACGAUUGUCAGAGAUCACAAGCCAUCCUAAACAACCCUAGGCACACUGCGUUCAUAAGGUUACAGAGAAUGUCGGUGUGGAUGCUCGACUAAGAGUUCAGAGUGGAAUACAGGCCAGGGAAGACUAGCAUUUUGGAUUAUACAUCGAGGCACCAUCUUCCACGCGCGGACAACACUAAAGUGCAACUGGGCAGUACAAAAGAUGUCAGGCACUACGUGAAUUUCGUAAUUGAAAACAGCAUUCCCAGGGCAAUCAGCAAAGAAGAAAUCGUUACCGCAAAGGAAACUGACCAAGAGUUGCAAAAAGUAAGCAGUUGUAUACAGAAGUCAAAUACGGGGACAUAGGGAAAUUCUCAAAUGGUUUUAAUGCGCUUGCUGUAGUCGAUGGGCUGGUCGUUCGUGGAGAACGAAUCGUUGUGACGCAGGAACUCUGGGGAAAUAUGGUAAAGAUUGCCCACUAAGGCCAUCAAGGGGUGUUGCGCACGAAGCAGUUGCUUCGAGCUCACGUGUGGUUCUCUGGAAUUGACGCAAUGGUAGAGAGUCGCGUGGGGAAAUCCUUAAGUUGCCAAGCAACCGUUGUAUGUAACGCUAGAGAGCCCCUCCGGAUGAUGGAAAUGCCAAGUGGACCCUGGAAGAAAGGCCGCGUAGAUUUUGCUGGACCAUUCCCGAUUAAAGAGAUGGCUCUGGUGUUUUGAGACCAAUAUGCACGGUAUCCGGUUGUAGAAUUUGUCACAACUACCUCAGCGGACAGUGUCAUUCCGCUUUUCACGCGUGUGUUCAACAGACAUGUAAUUCCCGAAGAGAUUGAGUCAGACAAUGGGCCCCCAUUUAAUGGAUCGAAAUUUUCAAAUUUUGCACGGGAACAGGGAUUGAGACGUCGAAAGGUCACUCCUGCCUGGGCUGAGGAACGUUUUAUUCAAACGCUGAAGAAGAGCGCAAAAAUCGCUAGACAGUGACAAAACAGACCCCAAACAAGCUUUCGGUUUGGAAGAGAGCUACAUAGGAAUCUACCCGAAAGGAUGGUUCCCAAAGAGGGAGUUUCGAGUGACCCGAUUGGUCAGAGGGACACGUCAAAGAAAAAGCAGAUGAAAACUUACGUGAACGAAAGAGAAAUGCCCGGGAAUGCUUGAUUAGGAUUGGGGAUCACGUCCUUUUGAAACAGAACAGAGCUGAUGCGUUGACUGCAGCGUAUGAUCCCUGACCUCACUCAGUUAUAGGGGGGAAAGGAAGUAUGAGUACGAUUAAAAGAGGGAGAGGUAUCAAAGGUCGGAACUCUUCUCAUUGUAAACUACUUAAGUAUGCAAAGGGGGAUGAGUACGACCUGUUGGGCUGGGACCAAAACAACCCUGGUAACGCCCAAACAGAGAAUAGAACCACGUCGGAUGUGUACCCUGACAACGCCACAAAUGACCCACCUCCCAGUUUACCCGAGACGGAAGUAUUAGGGGACCAACAUCAAACUGAUGACCACGCGCGGCUUGGACUCAGAAGGCCCGCGCGAGUUCGAACUUCCACGUGGAACACUUUGUACAGAGAGAUUUUGCAGAGCUAGAUAAAAGGGAGGAGAAAUAGUGUCGUGGUCUCCUGGGAACGGGUUUAAGAUGUAAUAUACCGAAUCAGUAGUGUGUAAUAUAUGCGAAUGUAGUAAAGUGAGGACCAAAUUAUCAUAAUGAUACGAAUACGAACAAGAUACAUGUAGGUGCGACGAAAGGAAAUGUAAAAACCUAAGACUUAAUUGGUUAUAAAAUUAUCCCCUUUAUAAACUUUUGUCCAUAUGUCUAUUAACUCAGACUAAUCAGUUUUGCAGCAAAUGUUUGUACUUCCCAAUUGUGUAACAGUCACAGUAGCCACAUGCACUUGUUGAGGCAGAGUACUUAAAUUUUUAUGAAUAACUUGAGUAGAGUACACUAUGUUCUGUAAUCAAGGUUAACAGUGCAGUAUUUAUGCUUUGAUGUAUUAAUUUAGGUUCAGACCAAAUUCCACAACAGAGUUCAGGUGGCCAGCGUCUGGUGACAGCUGAUGGUACAUAUGCUACUCAGAGUGCACUCAGUGCUCCUGGCAUCACUUCCCUGCUAAAGAAGGAUGAGGAAAAGAGGUAAAUUAUUCAUUGUUUGAUAAAAAGGAUACAGUGACUUAUUAUAUGGCUGCGACUGUUUUCGCCAUGCGAUUGGUCAAUUUGCGGUUCGUAACUUGCUAUACGGACCAAAAUUUCAAAGAAAAUACUCAUUUCGGAGCUCUAAAUCGCUUUACCUCGGGAAAAAAGGCUGAAAUUAAGUUACAAGACGUCUAUCAACCUUGAGGACUUAAAUUUGACUUUGUCCCUCAACAUUUUAAACCGUGUGUUUAUUUGUGAACAAAGGGGAUCAAGAAACUAACUUGUAAUCUUAUCGAAGAGGAUUCUAGUCAGUGUUUGAAAAUUUUAUCGUAGUACACAGUUAAGAAGACGAAAAUCGACUGGCAGAGAUUCGAGAUGUUUUGCCUAAGAGAAAUUGAGUAAUUCCUUCGACAAAUAUGAUAACAAACAUGCCUGCACCCGAUCAUCUUGACGAGCUUCUUUGUCAUUUGUAGUGUUUUUCCAAAGACCAACGAAAGAAAGAUAGAAGCGACUCCGAGCCAGACUCCAGCGUCGCAUUGGCGAGUGAAUUUUUACAGUGCUCUUAGUUUUGACCGAAUAUACUUAAACUAUGUCUGUAAACCCUGAGGACUGGGGUGUUGACUUUGCCUUUCAAGAUUUUAACCUAGCUUUGUUUGAACGAGAACGAAGCUGAUGUAGAAACUGAAUCGUAGCCUUUCCGUGGAAGAAAAUAUGGUCCGUGUUUGAAAAUUUUAACGCAGAUCACCCUUGAAGACGAGAAUGACCUAGCAGAAAUUCGAGAGGUUUUCCCAGAAAAAUUAACGAGCGAAUCUUCGACAAUGACAACAAACUUACCUUGAAAAGCUUCUUUGCCUUUUGCAGUGUUUUUUUUUUUUUCACAAGAACCAACGGAGGAAAGAUGGAAACGACUUCGAGAAAGACACAGUGCCCGGUUUCCAAAAUACUCCAGCGUUACAUUAAAGAGCUAAAACUUACAGCGCUCUUAGUUUUGACCAAAUAAACUUUUUUAACGAGGCGAAUUUGUUUUCACUUUCUCGGGACCUUUCUCGGAAACCCUUUGUUGUGUGCUGUUGUUUUCGUGAGCCAAUAAAAACGUUCUUUCUUGACGCCUGUGAAAUGAUUGUCAAAUCGCGCGUCCUGCACUUGUUUCCGGUCCCCGAAACUGGAAGAAGCCAUAUAAUAAAUAUCUUAUUAGCCUCGUUUUUUCGGUCCGUACUUUAAAUUACGGAUCCUCGUUUUUUCCUCGAUUUAUGGCCCGCGCGCUUCGCGCUUGGGCCAUAAAUCGAUCGAAAAAAACUCGGUCCGUAAUUUACAGUACGGACCGAAAACUCGGCUAAUAAGAGGUAUAUAUUAUCAUUUCAUAUUAGCAAAGCAGUGGUAAUGAUGAUGAUAUCUGUUAUAUCAACAGGCCUCCAUUGCGUCAGUAUCUGUUGGAUGGCGAAUUUUUCGUUGGAGCUGCCAUUGCUUGUACUCUAACAAAACUUGCACUUCGUUAUAUAGACAUUGAGGAGAAAACAGAAAAACAAAAUGUGCGUCUAUAAGUAUAGUAUAUUUUAGUGACUGCACUCGAGUACCCUUCUCAAACCUACAUGUAUGAGGAGAAAAUGCCCUAUUCACGGUUUGAAAAAAGUCCUGUGCGGUAGUCCAGGACAAGUAGAAACGUUUGUUUGUGACAAACAUGAUGGGCCCCGAUUACUUAUAUGUUUUGUGGCAAGCCUCACUUAAGUUAAUGUUUUUUGGUCUUUUACAAAAAGACCUGUUUAAAGGAGGGUGAAGUUCGGCGGAAAAGUUUUUCAAACAAAAUUAUUGUCGCGCUUGUCAUACAAGGUUUGCCGUCUUCUUUCCUCUCCCGUCCUGUUGUGUAAGCUCACUAUUCCCUCGAAUGGAGAGCCUUUUUACAGGUUAGUCACUUAGUAGUAUAAGACUGUUCAGUCGUACUCCACUGAAACUAGUCAAAAGUAAUACGCACAACGUGUCUGAUGUGGAUAACAUAACUGUGACCACUGGAAGGGAUGAAGCAAGGGGAAAAGCGAAGGGGUACAGCCCGUUCACGGUCAUACAGAUUAAAUGAGUGGAAAUAUUAUUACUAAGACAUACAUGUAUUUUUGGGCUUGCUUGUUGAACAGCAAAUUGCAGCCAAAGGUCAUUGAAUAGUUGAGGUCAAAAGCAACCAAGACCUACUUUCUUUACGUUUCCUGCAUCAGGUACUGAAAUGAAAAGUGGGUUACAGUUAACGAAAUAUUUAGGGCGAUCAUUAAAUAUGUUUAUUGUAUUCUAGGUCAUCUGUGCGAACUGUAUGCUAAUCAUGGCCAGCAUUCUGCACCUGGGAAAGUCUGGUUUACCUAAGAAGGUAUGUGCGUUUUAAUGUGCAUAUCAUGUUUAGCAAAGCACUGAGUUGUUGGAGUUAGGAUCCUAAAGCUGGCCAAAAGCUGAAUGUGCACUUUAUUCUUAUGGGAUGUGUCCAUGGUGUUAUGAAUAUAGUAAAAUCCAGCUAGCGGUCUACUAUCAAUGCUGCGUUCUGAUUGGUUGAGCUACUACUAGGCUUUAUAAAAUAACUAAGAUAGUACUAGUUAGAUAGUUUUUUUUUGCUUUAAGGGUCCUUAGAACAUGAAGACAUUUGUUUGCUUUAAUUAAUUUAAGAUUAACACGCGUCCGAAACUUGCAAUCACUCUGGAUCGUAACCCCCAGGAGAACAAGGCUACUGCAUUGAGGAAUGUCAAAUUCGACGUUAUAUUUUGAAUUGUUGCCUUUAAUUUUCUUUGGAAGAUAAGUUCUUUACAUUUUUUCGGAUUGCAAGACGUGUUGUUCUCUCUAGACCAUGUCAUGAAUUGAUCCACAACGUAAGCAGACGGAUCAACAUUGAUUACUGACAGGAGACACUAUUGUAGAGUCAUCAGCAUAUUCAAAAAGAGCAGGAGCAUUGUUAUAAGAAAUUUCAAGGUCAUUAAAAAAAAUAUUAAAUAGGUAAGGCCCGCUUACGCUUCCUUGUGUGGUUCCUUUGUGAACGACCUUCCAGUUACAAAGGUGAUUAUUAUAGAAAAUUCGCUGUUGCCUAGCAAACAAGAAGCUAUGCUACCAAUUAACGAUGUAAUGAGGGCUGUCACGAAGAUUUCAAGUUGCCGGGUAUAUGCAGUUAGUAGGUGGGGAACUGAACAGGUAGUGAGUUCUUUUGGUCUCAUCUUUCCUUUCUUUCUCAGAAAAUAACCGGGGGUAGUAGCCGUGGAAAUUCCCCGGCCCCCGGCCCUUAGUGACAGCCCUGGUAAUGAUUGAGGGGUAGCUGCUUCGAGCGAGUUCUUUUGACGAACCAAGUUUUUUCCCACGAGCUGGAGAGCUCUGUUUAUUCAAGUGUGACGAAUGUAGAUUUUCAAGUUCUGUGUUUACAAGUUGGCGGAAGUCGUAAGAUGUCUUAAGUUCAAGUUAGAGUUUGUUAUUAUUGGGAGAGGUUGUUUAGUUUUAUUUAAGUUCGAGUCCAGUUUGUGUUGGCGGAUGCUGUGUUUUAAAGCUCUGUAAAAACCAUGUUCCUUCGGUAUUAAACUUCUUUGUGUUAAUCCGACAUCCCUGCGUGCUGAUAGUCAGUGCAUAAUUAUCCUCAAAACAUUCGAACUCGUAACAUUGAGUUUUAACCGAUUCCUUGCUCAACGUAAUUAACUCCUUAUCCAUGCCUUGCAUAUCUUUAAUCAGCACAUGAGACUGCUAUGCUGUUUCUGAAGCCUGAUUUAAAAAAAAUAGUGAAUUCUUUUUUUACUGUUUGUUUUGUCAGACUUGUCAUUCACCGCUAGUAACCUCAUAUUUGACUUGGGUCCAAACGUUUAGACCCAAGUCAAAUUUAGAAGGAUUUGUAUGGAGUCAUCAGAGCAUAACUGGGUUAAUAUCUCAGAGACAAUUUGCCCCGAAAUGCUAGUUUUUGGCAAGUAGGCCUCUUGGAUGUUGCUCUUUUCAGAAUAUCCUGACAUUAACACCUUAUUGUUACCAUAUUUCAUUUCUUACUAUUCCUCCGCAUUUACAAUUAAUCAGUUCUACAACCACGACGCCGAAGUGUACGCUCCUUAGCGUCUUGUUAAACUUAGAGCCUCCUUUAUAUAAGUGCCGUGUAGAUAGAUCUUUAGAAGAAUUGCUUGCAGCCAGCCCUGAAGGCCCCAAGAGAGUUCGCCUGCCGCAGCUCAAUAGGAAGGCUAUUCCAAAGAACAGCUCCAGAGUAACUGAAACUAUUUUUCAUAAAGUUUGUAUGGGCAAGAGGAAUAGCGAGUUUGCCGUUGGUGUCUCUCGAAGAGUCAGUGGUAACACUGCUACGAUCGGUCAAUGUAGAACGAAGAUAAUUAGGAGCUAAUGCAUUAAGUGAUUUAUGUAUCAUUGUAGCUUUUUAAAUUUGUCUUUCGGUGUCAAGUUUUCUCCAGCCAAGUUUAUCGAUAAGAGAGUCGGAAUUGGUGCCAUAACUUGCCCUUUAAUAAUAGAGUACGUGCCGCGCGAUUUUGGAGUUUCUGAAGUUUGAUAGAUAGUGUUUUCUUAUAGUGUAGCAACCCCAAAUCUCAGUAAUAUAACAUAACAUACAGUAAUCGAAAUGAGGCUGGACUAAAGAGCAGUACAUAUUUUAAGGAGUAUCCAAUGGAAAAAAUAGCUGUAGAACGCUUUAACACACCAACGCCAGCAGCAAUCUUUUGACACAAGUUAUCGACAUGAACAUUCCAAGAUAGAUUUUGAUCAAUGUAAACCUCCAAGGGAUUUAGUAAAAGCCACUUGACCUACAGGUGCACCAUCAAUUUCACAUGAGGAUACUAUCAAAUAUGUUUAUUCUUUGUCUUGAUCAAUCAACAUAAACUCAGUUUUAGAUGCAUUAUAAAGAGUGAGAUUAUUUGCAGUAAACCAAUUGUUAAUUCUUGAGAGGUCUUCAUUUCUGUCAAUGUUUGAAACUGUAUUAGCAGCAAAGGUUAGGUGCAUAUCAUGAGGGCACAUUCGUGGUUGACAAUUCAGUAAACAAUUAGGUAAUUCAUUUAUGUAAAUUAAGAAUAGGAGCGGGCCCAGUGUAAGUGCCCCCAGGCACGAGAAUCAGAGGUUGAGUUGAUUUAUUUUGUUAUGUUCUUUUUUGUCACGCAAGUGAUUCCCGGGGAACACUGCAAGUUGUUGGUCGACAAUCGGAGAAUGAGCCAUUAACAAAACACCGUUGCUUUCGGUUGUCUAAGUAAGAUUUAAAGCAGCUAUGUAAAACACCGUCAAUACCGUAGAUAUUCAACUUCGAUAAGAGAAUAUUGUGAUCGACGGUAUCUGAAGCUUUCUUAAAAUCUAAAAAUACAACUGCGUUUCCUUUGCCUUGAUCAAUAUUGUAUGCUCAGUUGUCUGUAGCUUCAAGCAGAGCGGUAGCAGUAGAAUGAAGUGAUCUAAAACCUGAUUGACAACUCGAAAUAAGAUUAUAUUUUCAGUAAGAUAACUAUAGAGUUGGUCGUAAAUAAUUCUCUCGAAAACUUUAGUUACGGCUGGAACGAUCGAAAUAGGACGAUAGUUGUUUAAAUUGUUUCAACAAAGAACAACUUUGGAUAGUUUCCAUUCAUCUGGUAAAACUCCAGAAAUGAUAGACUGAUUGAAGAUGGCACACAGAGGGCUGGCAAUUAGAUAAGAAAUCUGUUGCUUUGUUUCUGGAUAGUUUAGGUAAAAGUUAGAAAACUGUGGAUACAGAGGUUGUUUUCAGUUCGAAUCUGCCAGGGAUAUAAACAUCGCUGUCUUAUACCGAGUAAUUGAACUUAGUCUCGUUAAUUGAUGAAACGUCAACAGGGCUGUUUGCAAGAAGAACUCUCAAUUCAUCGAUAUAGUUUAAUAAACUAGUAAUGAUUAGAUUUGCCACUUUGAUACCACGUUUAGAAGGAAAAAAGGAAUAGAUUUCGUUUUUACUAGAUGAUGUAAGUCUGUGGUCAUUAGGCGAUCUAGACGGCAAAACUUAUGUAUCAGGAACAGGUUACUGAUUAGUAUUUAACCAAUUCACUAAAUUGUUGAAAGGACCAUUAUUAACCUUUAUAAUUUAAGUGAAGUCCACUCUUUUUCAGGUCGUUAGACGUAUUGUUCUUAUGCUGGACAAGUUGCCAGUUGUUCUGAUUGCAAAAGUUCCUCAGUUUCUUGUUCACAGUUUUAAUUGAGCCAUUUGUAACUUUAUCAGACCUAGUCACUAGCUCCAAGAAAACAACCCGGGCAUUUGCUUCACUUUCAGUUGUCUGUGCUAGAUCUACAAUGUUAUCGGCGACCAUGUUUGGAUUUUGGUCUCCAAGAUCCUUUGUUCCAUUGUUAAGAAGGAUCUGUUGAGGAUUCUUUUCAAGAGUCGGCUUUAGAUAGUACUUCAUGUCCUAUGUGGCAGCACCAGAGAAAGAUUUGACCACUACACAGUGACCCACUUUCUUGCUUAACUUCCAUCCCUGUAUUUGCGUCAUCAGGGAGUUGCCAACCAGCACUGUUGUAAAGUUGUUUUGUGCCCUGUCAGAGUGGCGAUCAGCAUUUGGUGGGAAAUAUUAUCCUCGUGAUCGAGCGAUACGAAACGAUUUGUGGAAUUAACUGAGAUCUUUUGGCCUGUUCGAGCAUUUCUGUUUGGUCUUCGGGGUUUCACUGUUUCAAAAUAAUUUACGUCUAGUUGAUCACGAUUAAUGCUAAGGUCAUGUUAGGUGCUUAUGUAGAAAUAUAACAUAAUACUUGAAAUAACAAUGUAUGCAGCGCAAUCCAACCAACCCUCAGUUCCGUGAGUAGAAUUAGGACCAUAACAGCCUAGUAAUCUACAAAACUGAAAUUCAUCCUUGCAUCAGUUUUGUUGUUGUUGUUGUUGUUGUUUAAUGAAAGAUAGAUUUUAAGCAGAACAGAUACACGUAUAAUAUCGUAUCCUUUAUGCAGCAUUCGGCUUUAUUUUGAAGGUUAUUACAGAUGAUGAUGUGGAUCGCAUCUCUUUGUGUGUGCGUGUCGUGGCAGAGCGUGUUCCCCUCAUGAAGAACAUUUUCACUGUUGAGUGCCGCAAUUCCUUGUCUUCCAUGCUGGAUUCCAACAAGAGGGGCGAGGAGGAGGAGACAAGCAAGGUACUUUGUAACAGUUCUACGCAAAAUAUUCCAAACUGCUGCCAAAUAUCAGCGUAGUUGACUUACCAAAAGGUUCUCCAGCGCUAAAAGGUGCCCAGUUGUUAAUAUGAUCAUUGUACCACGGUUUGAUGAUUUGAGUUACCAAAGCUUACCCCUUUUGAGUGAAAGGUAGAAGUCCACAAAUACAAUGUACUUUGUUAUAUAUACUAACAAGACGUUUCUUGCGACAGGUGGAUUUAGAGAAGGCACUGGCAAUCCAGGUGGAUGACCCAAUUCCCUUCAUGCAGUUGCUAGCUAAAAAUGAUUCAGGAAUCACAGAGGUAACAAAACAACUCGUACUAUGUUUGUAUUUCUACGAUAUCGCUUGAACACAGAUUUAUCAUUAAUCGUCCCGGAAAGAGUAGGUUGUUAAUAUCAAUCACGAAUGCAAAGUCUCUUGUAGCUUUCGCCACCGACUACGUUGUGUUAUGUUUGCCCUAAAGUAUACUUCAAUCCGCCAAUGAUAGUUGGUGGGCUUGGCGACUGUUUUUUUCUAUCGCCUCCCCCCGUUUUCCGAAAUAGCUUUCUAAGAGUGCAGUCUUAAGCUUAUAAAAACUUAAAUGUUAUUCAAUUUUUUUAUUUACAGGACCAGUUUGCGUUAGCCCUUUCUCAAGCUGUUGGUUCCACUGCUAGCAAAAAAGAAGAUGAACUUGUCGGAUCUAAACUCAACAAGGUACGGGAAUGUUAACCAUAACCCAGUCAAAAGACUAUAGGGUAAACAAGGUGCAUUAUGGUCUGUGUGAAAAUGGUGAAUAAUUUAGCCUGUUACACGGGGAAGAGAUGCAAAGACAAAGAAGUCGUAAAAUUGUUGUCAAAAUUGUAUGUGUAUUCUUGUUUUUUUUUUUUUAAAGUACACCAUUAAACCUUGUUUAUUCUAUUGAUGUCUUGACAAUUACUUUUAUGCAAGCUAUGAUGAAGAUGGAAUCAUUUUAUGUUGAAAACUCCGGUUUAUCUUUGUAGCAGGAGAUAUACAUAUACUCUAAUUAUGUAAGUUGAAGCCUUUAGACAGUCUAACUCGUGGGGACGAGCGAGCGUACCACGAGUUACUACAGGGACAGGAAUGUGCAAAUGAGUCACUCGCUUACUCGUAGUAGACGGACUUCGUAAUUAAUCGGGUCCGAACUCGAGAGUGCGAAGAUCUAUCGCUUUCGAAGAAGCAGGCGCUCGCCGAAGUUCGGUGGUAUCAAAAUAUUCGCCGAGAGCGUGCAUCGUUCGCCGCUCAGACUCAGAGUUUUCUUUGUGGCAAAUUUUCUACACCAAGGUUAGAGGUCUUACAAAUUUCAGUAAGACAAGGAGGAGUCUUUCAGAUGAGUACGAUGGUUAACUUGGAGAUUGUUAAACUUGACGAGAAGAUGAGCAUUUGCUGUUCGACUCGGCCGCAAGAUCACAGGGGAUGUACAAAUUCCAGCUUGGUGGAAAGUGAUCUGAAAGUGAGAAAUUGUGAUGCCAUGCUAUUCUUAAGAACCUGUAUGAGACGAAAAUGGAUGUGAUUUUGACCAUUAGCUUCAAAAUAACAGCGGAAAUCGAGAAACCUGCCGCGAGGUGUACCGGCUUUUUGUAAAGCACAAUUGUUUUUUCCUUCAUUCAUUGCGCUGGAAUGCGUUUACAUUGUUUUUUUCUCUGUUAAUGCGGCUCGAUUAUCUUUCAAGGGCGUUUGCCGGCGGAAGUUCCAUGGAAAAGGCAUAAAUUAAAGACUUUUCGGUGUAGUGGUAAGGUAUAGUCGCGUCAAGCCGAAGUUGCCGGGUUCGAGUCCCAUACAGUAUCUUUUUUUUCCUUCUUUUCUUUCUUUUUUUUCCGUGUUUUUGUUAUUGUUUGCUUAUUUGUUUUGUGGUUUUUCUAAAAAAAUAUACCUUAAUAACUGUUAUUUAAUAAAGUGCAAUAAACAGCAAUAAGAGUAUCGUGUUUCCAGAGAAAAGAUAGUAUAUCUUAAAUAUAUUGAUAAACAAAGUGAAUUUCUAUCAUUUCCUACCAUUCACUGUGGGAAAACCAGAGUUGAUGACCAAUUGAUUAUUUUCUAAACAACGUUCCCACGAGUUGACGAUAGUCUUUCUUUGGUUUUGUUUUGAGCGCUGUGAUGUAAUAUAACCCGUUUAAGAUAACACUUAAUGCAUUUAUUGCAACCAGGUAGAUAAGGAUGUCUUUUUUUUUUGCGUGUGUACAAAUCGUCGGUUUGUCGAUUUGUCCAAAUAAAUCAAAUAAAUGACAUAAGUAUUCCUUAACGUGGCUCAUGCCCCGCUAUAACAUGUCGAGAUCUAUUUUCCACAGCUAGGAUUCUUUGGCUUAUAAGCUUUUCACUUACCGAAAUCCCAUCUUCAAGCCGCGAUAAUUUUACACAAACACCGUUCGAAGUAUAUGAGAAAACGUCAGGUAGAAUCCCACUGUGCUACGACCCACUCUUUGACGCUAUACAAGAAAAGAAAAUACCCCCAGGGUAAGAAAAAAGAGACCACAUGGGACUUAAUCCCACAACUCUCUGCGGUGUUAUAUCGUGCUGUUGUCAUGUGAUCCUCCAUCUUUCCUUCUGCGCUGUUUGUUCCUUACCAUUUUGUACGCUUGUCUAGGUACUUUACGACCCGUUUCGGCUCUUUUUAGUCCCCCUUUUUUGGGGGGUAAGUAGCUACUUUUCUUUAGGAUCUUCGCAAGUCAAAGCGACAUAGAUCACGCUCCAGGUCUCGUUCGAGAUCCAAGCACGACCGCCAUGUUACGGAGUCUUUGCACUCCCUGAGCCCUCCUAAACGCUCAAGGACUAAUGACGAAGAAUAGGUUUUCCUGUCAGCUAUCUUGAAAACCCUUCAAGAGGUCCAGCAGUUCUUAACGUCUACAAACGAGCGAGUCUCGUCCAUGGAAAAUUAUUGGCAAACAAGCCGUCAAGUCUUCCCGCCAAAUCUUGGCGAGUAACCGGACGCGAUUUCUGCCCUGGCCUACUCAGAUGAAGAACUUGUGACCGAGCAAGAGGGCUCAAUUGACAAUUACUUCUCAUUAAGCCACCAUUAUGGGCUCGUGAUCCACCAUCUCUGGCUAAUGAGCCACUAAUCGGGGUUCCAGAACCCCAACGCGAGGUCAGUAUACCUUCCAGCGAAAAUGUAAUUCAACCAAACGGGACAAACGGCCCACCAAAUGGCGGCGACCUUUAUGAUCCGGACGUUUAACACCCUUCGUGGGAACCCAAAGCGGAUUUUUCCUCUUUUUUGCAGAAAAACGUCUGUCUGUCACUUACUUGAUCUUCCGAUCAAGUAAGUGAUAUUCUUGACAAUUAUUCCAUCCCGUCCAUGGAUUGUUUGUUUGCUUCAGCAUUGGACGACUCUGUCCUCAAUCAGAUCUCUCCAGUCUCGGAAGGAUACACAAGUGAGAGACAAAGAGUGUAGAGGGCAUGCUAAAUAAAACAGGCUCCCUUUGUUGUCUUCAUGAUGCUUUGUCAUCUCACAAGGAUGUCCCCCUAGAGAAUAUCAUAAAACAUGUUUAGCAGUCACUGCCUGUUAGGUUCAGUAAAUUGUCAAUUUUCGACCCUGAGAAAAAAGGAAGUUCUUGUUCUUAACAAGGAUAGAAUUGAACUUGCUGUCCAAUCGCUCCCCAAUGCCAAACGAGUGCUUUUCGGGGAGGACUUUCCAUCGAUUGCCUCAAAGCAAGAUGAUCUAUCGAGAAGCUUUGCUAAGAACCUGGGUUGAGCUUCACGGCCAUCGAAGCGCCGACGCCCGAGCCAAUGCUUACCCCCAAAGGGAAAAGACCUUUUACCAGUGCCUAACGUAAAUACCCGUACAAAAAACAGGCGUCCCUUUCGGGCCUCCAAACCCGAGGCAAAAGAAUCGACGCACUCAUAGUCAAGUGGAGGGAAAUAACCUUCAACCCAGCAAUUCUCAACAUUGAGUUAGGUUACAAGAUUCCGUUACUUUGCGAACUAGUUCAGUUUUGUCCACUGGUUACAAACCCCUCCAAGAGAACGCCCACGUCACAUACGCAGAGGUGGAGAGUCUCCUUGCCAAAGACGCCAUAGUCCAUGUCUCCCCCAUGAAAGAGGGCUUUCUCAGUCUUCUAUUCGUGAUUUCAAAGAAGUAUGGAACCUUUUGGCCCGUAAUAGACCUGAGUUUUCUGUAAAAGUUCGUGGAAACUCCUAUUUUAAAUGGAGAAUAUCUCUUCCCUUAAGUCCUUGUUUCAAAGAGGGGACCUCGUGACCACUUUGGAUUGAAAGGACGCAUAUCUGUCGGUUCCUGUCCACAAGGAGUCCCAAAAGUUUCUACAAUUCCUCUGGAGAAACAAAUGCUAUGCCUUUCAAGGCCUCUGUUUGGCUUAAGGUGAUUCCCUGGUUUUGCACUGCGCAUCUCUUACUGCGCAUAACAAGAUGGCCGCCGUAAAAAAGAGCAUGUGAAGUAACAUUAUUAAAAUGAAGUUGACUGAAGAGAAACGCUAUUGGAAUUUUUGCUUGCGGUUGUUUCUUGCCGAGGUGAGACUCAAUGUGUUGGGAAUGUGCAUAACGUAGGCAGUACGCGUGUUGCUGAGUUCGACUUCCUCACGGAGAGCCUCGAUAGUGGAUGUUUAACUUGUGCUUACUCGCUUUGAUUUUUAUUUAAACGCUUUCUUUAUCACAUUGUAUCCUAAAUGUGAUAUCUCGAUGUAAAUUCUGUAAAAACAGAUUUUUGAAAACUUUCUUCCCCCUUUCACAUACAUUCUAUUUUGAAACUCGCCCCAGUCCCCUCUCAAAACUCGGAGAAAAUGCAUUUGGCGCGCACUUUCUGCAGCUCUACCGUACAAACGAGUACGGUGACCCCCAUUUUUUAUUUCAUGAUUUUAAUAAGGACAGUGCUCCCUUUCGAUGAGAAAAAAAUUGGCACAAAUCUGUGUUCGGUUUUUUGGCAAUUUUACUAAAUUGUACGGAUUGAGCUAUCACGGGUCGAAUAGCGCGUGUCCAAUUCAAUUCUACUUUGGAGCGUAAAAUAAAAACAGGAGCAUUAAAAGGUAUUUUUUCUGGUAUGUAAGUGGAUAAACAAUACAAUAAAGUCAAAUUCUGUGCGAUACCACAUGCAUCAUCGAAAAAAUCUCUCGUUUUUGUCUAGUUUUGGGCUGGACGCGGUUUUUGACAAAGGGUCCAAAAUAGUCGUAUUUCUCAGCAUUGUGACGUCAAAACGAGAACGGUGACCCCCACUUUUUAUUACUUUUUUAUCAUCUUCUUGACUUGUUACAUCAGUGUACCAAGUUUCAUCUACAAUCUAUUUUAGGUUCUUUUACUAGGGAAUCACCUUAAAGACCGCUCCAAGGGUUUUGACUAAACUCUUAAAACCAGUAGCAGCCUACUUUCGCAAAUGGGGUGUUCGUGUGAUGCUCUAUCUGGAUGACUUCCUCAUCCUGGUUCUUCCUUUCAGGAAGUACAGCAACACACAGCUAUGGCUGUAACUCUCUUAGAGCUUCUGCCGUCGAACGCACCAAACACAUCAGCGUACGAGAACUCAAGGCCACCUUCUUUGCCCUAAAGUCCUUUCCAAAGAAGCAGUCUCACAAGACUUUUUGCCUGAGCAUAGGCAACACGACGGCAGUGUCCUACGUAAAAAACAAGGGAGGACCGCGGUCAACUUGUCUCGUAGAGUUAACACUGGAACUCCGGAACUGGUGCCUGGAGCGGAACAUAUUGGUAACAGCUCAGCAUGUACCAGGCAAAUUGAACACAGUGGCAGACUCUGAAUCGAGGGUGCUCAACGACAGCAGAGAGUGGAAAGUUGACCUGUUUGCUUCUUAACCUCCCGGCUCCCCAAAUACGUUAGCUGGCGCCUGGAUCCAGAGGUGUUGCUCUCGGAUGCCCUGACAAUAAACUGGACAACCUUCAUGGGUUACGCCUUUUCACCCUUCCACUUUAUCCUGGCUGUACUGAGCAAAGUAUCUUGGGACCAGGCAGACAUCAUAUUAGUUGCGCCUCUCUGGAAAGCCUUGGUGCCACCUCUCCUGGGUCUUCUGGUCGAUCAUCCAGUCCUUCUUCCUAGCACGAGACACCUUCUAACAGACCCCGCGAGCCCCCAAAAUAUACAUCCAAUGUUUCACCUAUUACACUUAGCCGUGUUUCACAUUUCCGGGGACAGUACCAGGCAAUGGGACUUUCUAACGACGUUACCGAGAUUCUCCUUGCAGCAGCUCACCCCUCAACACAGAAAACGUAUAAAUCAGCUUGGGGACGCUCGAGUCGCUGGUGUGAUAGACGAAAGGUCUAUCCUCUUUCUGCAACAUUAGCUGACAUACUUCUCUGCCUUACAGAGUACUUCAAAAGUGGAGCUGCUUAUCGCUCAGUGAAUGUUGCAUGUUUGGCUAUCUCAACCACCCAUCCCAAAUUGGACGGCCUUGGUGUGGGUCAACACUCUUUUGUGACCCCAGCUGCUAAAAGCAAUAUUCAACAAUCGUCCCCCUCAGGCAAGCUACUCCCUAACUUGGAAUGUAAGUUGCGGGACUAAAGAUCUCUUUCCGUUCUGGAAUAACCGGUCCUUGCCUCUAAAGCAAUUAUUGUGGAAUUUAGCUAUGUUGUUCACCCUAAUUUGUUCAGCGUCUCACUGUUCAUCUCCUACGUGAAACCGCAAAAACCGAUCUCAGCUCCCCCUGGAAGGUGGCUCCAUCUGUUUCUGAAGAACUCUAGCAUCAACACCAAUAUUUUCAAAGCACACUCUGGGUGGAGCUUCGACCACUGCAGCAGCUAAUUCUAAUGUGCCCUUGUCAGAAAUUUUAAAGAUGACUGAUUGGUCCUCUCCUACUUUCCAGACAUUUACUACAAGCCCAUUCACAUUUACGCAUGCAGUUCUUCACCGAGUCUUUACUGUCAGUUCGUCAAGCUUCCUGUGUCAGUUGGAAAUUCUGACAAACAAUUUGCUUUCAUUGACAUUCUGAACUCUAGAUAAACAUUGUGUCAUUGACGUUUUCCUUCCUUUUUUCCUUUCAAGCAUUGUCACUGUAGCGAGACUUUAAUGUCAAUAUGGCUUUCGCAAAGCGCACUCAACUCAGCAUGCAAUUCUUGACAUUGUAAGUACCAUUUAGGAAAACAUGGGCAAGCGCUUGUUCUCAUGUGGUGUAUUUAUUGACCUGAAAAAGGCUUUUGAUACAGUCGAUCAUAAAAUUCUUUUGCACAAGUUAGAUCACUAUGGUUUUCGUGGUGUUAUAAAAAAGUGGUUCUCGUCUUACUUAGAAGGUCGAACUCAAACGACGCAAAUUGGUUCCUUUAUAUCUAAAAGAAAAAAUACCACUUGCGGUGUGUCGCAAGGCUCAGUCCUAGGCCCAUUACUCCUCCUAAUCUAUGUCAACGUCGUCCAAGAAUCCUCUGACAAACUUAAAUUUUUUUUAUUUGCUGAUGACACGAAUGCCGUAUAUGCUGACAAAAAUCUCAAGUCCCUUGAGUCGACUGUAAAUCAAGAACUCUGCAAGUUGUUCGAUUGGUUAACGGCAAAUAAACUAACUUUGAAUAUUAAAAAAACAAAUUUUGUCAUUUUUAGACCGGCUCAGAGAAAACUUACCUAUCACCCUAAAAUAAUGAUAUUCGACAAUGGUCAAAAUAAGAAUGUGACUCUAGAAUGUAAAGAAUUUGUGAGAUAUCUAGGCAUAAUAAUUGACAAUAAUCUUUCUUGGAAACAUCAUAUUGACCACGUAGCUAUUAGAAUGAGCCGACCUGUAGGAUUGAUCUGUAAACUACGGCAUUUUCUGCCAAGACAUACACUUAUAACUAUUUAUCGAUCCCUUGUUGCUCCUUAUUUAACUUAUGGUUUGACGGCCUGGGGCCAAGCAUAUAAAUUGCAUCUUGAAAAGCUUCUCAAGCUUCAAAAGCGAGCUCUUCGCUUUAUCUAUUUUUCUGAGCGAAAUCAGCAUGCAAUUCCUUUAUUUAUUGACGCCGGUGUUUUACCGUUAAAAUUUUUGUAUUAUGAGCAUUUAGUUAACCUUAUGUUUGAAAUAAGACACAAUAAUGCUCCUGGAAACAUUCAAGAUCUCUUUCAAGAUAUUUCUGAUAUUCAUUCUUAUAAUACUCGAUCCUCUCCCUCUAAUAACUUUUACACACAAAGUUCCAGACUCUCAAUUCAAGUGAAUUCAUUUUUUAGAAUCGGAACAAAAAUAUGGAAUGAAAUGCCUGUAUCUUUAAGAAAACUUUCAAAAAAUGCCUUUAAGAGGAAAAUAAAACAAACGCUUUUUGAGAUCCUAGCUUCAGAAGACUGUUAUAUUGAUCUCCCAGAACUCGUUCAAAAAGUUAAGCUGAAUUUAUUUUCCUCUUAUUUGAUAUGUAAUCAUUAAUAUCGUUUAGUUUAUCAGUAGUCUCUUGUCAUAACUGUUGUCAUUUAUUAUUAGUAAUACCAUUAGUUUAUCAGUAGUCUCUAGUCAUUGUUGUCAAUUUUAGUUUCUUUAGUUCUCUUGUUACUUUUAGCUGUAUUUAGUUUAUUUUCUGUAAACAUGACCUGCCUAGAUUAGCUUAGCUACCCGCGGGCAUGUUAUUGUACUCUUACUUCAAAACACAAUAAAAUAAAAUGUAUGUAUGUAUGUAUGUAUUAAAGUAUUUGCAGUCAUAUGUGACCAUUUGCUUUUGUACGGGGUGUUUUCACUCACGUGGCCAGCAUAUAUGCCAGUUUAUUGGAACAAAAGAAAGCAUUUGCAUAAAAAAAGAGUUCAACUCCCAGAUGACUGUUUUGGGACACCAACAUGGCCGACGUUUCAUUGUUUCGGGAGACCAAUAUGGCCGCCGUGACGUCAUGUGAAAACAAUCUAUUGGCACCAGCUUUGUGCGUUGAACUGUAUCUGGUGUUUUCUCGUAUAUUUCGAACGGAGUUUGUGUAAAAGUGGGUCAUAGCACAAUAAGUGGGAUUUCUCAUAUAUUUCGAAGGGAGUUUGUUAAAAUAAUUUCGAUUAUACAAGCAGGGCGCUUCGCGGCCUUGGUAUAAUUGGGAUUAUGCAAUAGUUCUCUCAGACUUUUUCUGGUUUUCGCACGUCAGGUCCUGUCCUCCUUACUCGUACUUGGCUUAUUUCCUUAAAAAAAUAAUUUUAUAUCGUUCAUGUGUCCUAGUUUUAAAGCAAAAAAAGAAGUUAAACCACAGUACGUAAAAGUUAUAGGUUUAUAACUUUAUAACAAUAAGUAUUGAUUUAAUUGAUAGGUGGCCCAGCUGACAGGAUUCUCUGACCCAGUCUAUGCCGAGGCUUAUGUGAAUGUAAACCAGUAUGACAUUGUGCUAGACUUGCUAGUUGUGAACCAGACUUCCGACACCCUUCAGAAUGUCACUUUGGAGCUGGCUACACUUGGUAAUACGAUCGCAGGCAUAUCCCGGUACCUUCCCACCCCCGCCAUGCUGUCUAGUCUGUUACUAGACGUGUCUUUACUAUAACUUCUCGUCUUUACACUUAUAGUUUUUUCACCUUCGCGUAACACCGUCUCUUUGCUUUCCAGUUUAUUUUCCCCCACAUAAGGGAAGUCUACGAAAGCAAGUUUGUUAAUCUUAACGCCUGUGGCCAGUUCAAUACUGUAACUACACAAAUGCAAUUUACAACUAUAGUAAAUGUUUUGUAAACUCUAAAACGCUUUUAAAUAAAACUAGAAAAGUUUAAUUAUUGAUUUGACCAUGGGAGCAACCAAAAACAACCAAUGAACAUCCAGUCGUGUAAGUUAAAUUUCGUAUGUGCAGGGGGCUCUUUGAAGGGCCAUCGGUCGACCAAAAAGGUUAAUCAAUUUGGGUUCGGUGCAAGUCUAAGAUAAUUCUAAUAUUUGUUUGUUGUAGGAGACUUGAAGCUAGUGGAAAAGCCACAGCCUAUCAUGCUUGGACCAAACGACUUCUCUAACAUCAAAGUAAGUAUCUACAUUUGAAGCGUGACUUUGUGAUCCUGUCACGGUAGAAGGCAGUGCGACAAUUGUAAGCGAAGGUAGCUGCAUAUGAGUCUGGCAUACAUUUUUAGAAAGAGUCCCUAAAAGGUGGAGGGAAUAUUUUACUUUUGUUUUUUACGUUAUUUUUAGGCAAAUGUGAAAGUGUCUUCCACAGAAAAUGGAAUCAUUUUCGGCAACAUAGGUAAGUAAUUUCUAUCUCAAUACACGGAUGAGGCGUCAGUCAACGUUAUGUAAUCUUUAAAGCUAACGUUUCGUCAGUGCCCUUUCUAUCAAAUUGUUGAAUUUCGAAUGUCCGUUGCCUUUUUAAUUGUAAAAGAGCACGUUCUACAUGACAGCCGAUGAAAGUUGUUGUCUUCGCAGGGUUUUUACCCCCCAAAAAAAGAAACAAUCCCGAAUAGCAUCUUUGAAUUAUGCGCGGUUAGUAUACCUGAUCAACUCUUUCUCCUGUAAACUGCUAUCAGUCUCUUGUCAGCUGAUUAAGAGGGCAAGCUGUCACGGCGAGACUCCAGAAAGCGCGAGAACGAACGGAGAAGGAAAGUGUCUCCUCGUGUGCCUUUGCUUGCUCGUAACAUGCUCGCCCCCGGUGCUCCAUAAUCUCAAGGGACUGAAGAAAUCUAAAUAAAUGAUCAUGAAGUUUCUUCAUGGAAUCAAUGAGUGAUGCUUACGUCACAAUAUGAGGGGAGUCGAAAUACUGCAAUGAAAUCUAAAAUUUUUUGUCAAGCAAUUUUUAAAAUGUGUCGCUUCAAAAGCACGAUUAGUCAGUCACUCAAAUAGGCGAUCUUGAGGGUGAUUUUUCUAACACAAAUCCCUCUGGGAGACUCAUUCCACAUCCAAGCUUUGCUUUCAGAGAGCAACCCUUACAUCUCAGUUUUCUAGCAACAAAAGGUAUUGUUGUAGAUACAGUAGUCGCAAAAGACUAAAUAAUUAUGUCAGUCUCAGUGGUUCUCCAUACAUUUACGGUGAAUAAUAGUACGGUGAAACGGGUAGCAAGAACAUGCAUCUUGUUUUGCAACACUGCUGCAAAAUGGGUUGAAUAGUGAUGUUGCUCCUUUUGCAGUAAGAGACGUAACUUCCUUGUACUGCGUGACUCCUGUGUAAUUUAUCCAAUCAGACGUCAGUUUUCACGCAACUUGCAACAACCUGAUUUGUUGCAAGAGAGGUUUGAACCUGGGUAGUAAACCACGCAAGAUUGCUUUUCAACUCGUUUUACAGCAGUGUUGCAAAACAAGUUGCACUGCACUUUUUUGUUGUCGUUUUAAAUCUGAGUGUGAUGACCCCUCACUGGAGUUUCAUGUGCCCUUUGUCGUAAUAAAGCUCUAACACUCGAAAUAACUAUGUAGGUUAACAAACUGGGAAUCCCUAAAAAACGCGGGUAACGCUAAAGCUGGAGUCAAUUGGCGCAAGCUUUUUUAAAUUACCCACAUUAAUUACAUCUCGUCAUUCUGAAUGUAUUUGUCUUUUUUGUCAAUUUGUUUUGUGUUUUUUUGCUGCUGUUUUACGACAGUGUAUGACGUCUCUGGAGGUACAGGAGACCGUAACUGUGUUGUGUUGAAUGACAUUCAUAUCGACAUUAUGGACUACAUUGUACCGGCUACUUGUACUGAUUCAGAGUUCAGGCAAAUGUGGGCUGAGUUUGAGUGGGAAAACAAGGUGAAUAUUCCUGUCGGUAUAUUUGGUUACGUAACCGGUAUUCGGUCCGUCAUUUUUUAAAAACGAUUCCUAAUUUGCUUUUACUAUGUACAGUGUCAGAUAUUUGCAUCUUAUUUCGCAGUGAUUACAUUUAGCGCUCAUCCUUAUUUUACCCAUGCUUUGUUAAUACUCUACUAGGAAAAAUAAGGCAACACAGUUGUGCAGUUGUUUCAAUAUAAUAGAGAGAUCUAGAGUCACGCUUACGGCAAAAGGCAAACGUGAAUUUGUAUCACGCGACCAACUUUUCCCUUGACUUGUCUUCUACUGUAUAUUUCUUCAACGGAUAAAUUUAGUAGUUCUGUUCUUAUCUGCUCUUUUCUAUUUUGAGAAAUUCACAACUUGAAUCUGCCGUUUGCCGUUGGCGUCACUGUAAAUCGCUAAUAAUGCAGGGAACCUGUAAUGUUUUACGUCGCAACUAUUUGAUGGGCUUAAUUUUAUGUUCUUUUUCUAGGUGACUGUAAACACAAACAUCACCGAUCUUCGCGAAUACUUGGAUCAUUUAAUUGCUUCUACAAAUAUGAAAUGUCUUACACCAGAAAAGGUUCGUAAUCGUCUUGUUAUCCGUAUCAAGAAAUGGUCUAUUGUUCCGGGUCCAAUUCACCAAAACAAUACCCUUUUGUCCUAGGUGUUGCUGCCGAAAACAGACCGAACAGUCUGUACAUGAUCGUUUAAUCUUCCGCGUGACAAAUUUGUAAUAUUAGGGGGGAGGAGAGAGGUUUUUUAUGCCUUGACGCGAUGCUAUUUUAACUGGGGUACUGAGGGGAAAGUUUCGCCACGAGGCGCUCGUUGUCAAGUAAACCAUAGGGGCGUAAACGUUUUCUGUUUGCUUAUCUUACAUGUAACUACUACCAGACAUGAUAAAUUAACAAGUGAGAUUUAUUGCGGCACACAACGCAGGAGUGCAUAUUUUGCGGGUUGAGCAAGAAAACCGUUUCACUUUUGAUCGUAUCGUAAUUUUUUUCUCAGCGCUCUGAACAAGAAAAUAUUAUUUCAGAAAUACUUUACAGAGAACGUUCUUAAACCGUUAUUAAAACAAGCUCAGUAUUAUUUGCGCGACCUACAUUCAAAGGUGCGAUCUUUGAAUGUAAUUCAUACCUUUUUCUAAUUUUAGAGCGCGCAAAAUGCGUCCCGUAAUUCUCUUAACAAAAUAAAAUUGACAAGUGAGUCUACAACACAUUAAACGACUUUCAUUCUUAUUCUCACCCAAGCGGCCCAGAAUACGUUUUAAAGAUCUUUGUAAUCCACAAAUUUUUCCUGCUGAACUGAAUUAUUCGACUUUUUUAUGUGCGCAACUUUAUUCUCUCAAGAAAAGAAAAAAAAAGAUUUUAGUCUUCAGUUCACUUUUACGAGCAUUUCGAAAAGUUCAUUAAAGACGAAACCUUUUGUUAGCUUGUAGGCGGAACAUUUCGAAGGUGAGAUUUUUGAGAUCAUUGUUGUUCGCUUACUGUUGUUAGUAUUGGCGAGGGCAAUGAACUCUCGAUCAGCUCCUUUCUAUAAAAAAAUGGUCGAGUGAGUUCGACAAAAGAAAAUACAUAUGAGAUUUAAGUUCACUAUGAAGAACAUCUCUUGAAGCGAACGAAGUGUUUUGUCCGUUCUGCCAGUGUAGGCGGAACUUUAGGGAGGUGUGAUUUUUUUGCGAUCAUUGUUCUUGUUCACUUGGUGUUUUGAGAUUAAUCCUUGGCGGCGCGUGCGAUGUUUGCUUCCAUUAUUGUCGUAUGAUAAUUAGCUUUCUAUAUUCGACUAUAUAGCACAAUAUGGAUCAUCAUUUUUAACUCAGCUUUGUCGCAGAUAGAUCUCUCGCGUUAGAAUGUCGAAGUAUUAUGAGGUAUCAAAAGUUCUGGCCGUCCGAUCCAUCGGCGGUAAAAAAGAAUACAGAGUGAGAUGGAAAAAUUUUGGAAGUUCGGCCGAUUGUUGGGUGCCGGAGGCCGAUUGUAACAGAGAUGAAAACAACAACUUGUAACAAUUAAUUAGUCUGUAUCAACUAUCUCGGAAGUUUCUUGGUGUUGCCGAUGGUGCGAUUACUAUAACUGACUUAAUACACAAAACUGGAAAUAAUGAAAAACACUCACCAACAAUAACUGUAGCCUCUGCAACACCAUCAAAAACCAAUUAUUUCAUACUAGAUACCAGAUUAUUCCCAUACCGUAUAUUACUGCAUAUUUAGCAAUUAUUGGAUGAGGCUGAGCAUAAUCUGAAGAAUUGUGGAGAUCGAGGAGGGUGUUAUAGGCCGAGACGAACAACACACUCCAAGAUCUCCAUAAUUCUUCAGGUAAUACGAAAGCCAAAUUCAAUAAUUAGUUUAUUAUGCAUUCAAAAUAUCUUCAAUUGCCUGUUUAUAACAAAGGUCUUUUUUGCAUGAGCAUGCGCGACCGCUGAUUUGUCAAAGAGCACGCGACCAGUGACAGCGACCGUGCUGCAUAGUCAUAGGAACCAAAUUGUUCACUUUGAAAGCUUGCUUGAGAUUGAAAUGGUAGCAGGAACUUAGGAAAGACCUUCGUUGUACAAAAUAAGUAAAGAUCUGUUGAUUUAAAGUGGAGACUGAUGCGCUGAACGAGGUGAAAGAGUAAGUUUCUCAAGGAUGUCUGACACGAAAAUGGCUGCUUGUUGUUGUUUGGCGCUCGACUCGUGUCUUGAUUCCCCUUUAAGAACCGCAAAGUUUGGCAUAGAAUGCAUUGCUGAUGCGUAGCUAUUGAGCAAAAUGUUCUUUAUUUAGUGUUUGUCUAUAAAUCGGAUGUAAAUCAGUUUCUCGAUGCCGUAGAGGCUUUCUGUCAAUAAUUUGUUAAUAGCUGAUUUAGCCAUAUUUCGGGAGUUGAUUAAUAACGAUCAGCGGGCGACUACCACGCCGUUUUCAGUUGGAAUAGAAAGUUUUUUACUUAAGUAUUUUAGCGAUACAAAGUUUGUUUGUAGGAAAAUUGUAGAACUUCUUGUUUUUGCGUGGACUAACAUUGUAACGCAUCUUUUACAGGAAUUUGCUUUUAGCCAGAACUUAAAUGUUCUAAUGAUUUUUAACUUUUGGUCGGCAUGACAUGUUUACUGUACUUCUUGGGAAACCUAACCGUUUGUUUCAUCAAAAUCGGUCACAAGAUUGGACUUUAAUUUCGGUCCUAUCGAAUGCAGUUUUGACUGUGUCUCAUUGAUAUUCAUUUUUUUUUUAAUUGUUCGAGACAUACAGAGUGACUACGACCAAUAUCUCACCGGGUGACUAAUCUACGUGUCGUGUGCUCUUAAUUUUGUAGCUUUAAAGUGCUGGGAAAAUUGUAGAACAUAUAUUAAUUCACUGCUGAACUGAACAUCAGCUUUCGCGCACUUCGAACCCACUUGCUGAAAUUUGCUAUGUUUUUUUUUUUAUAUAUAUUUCUCUUCCUUUCCCAUUUCAAAACAAAGAAAAUUGAAAGUGUUUACUUGCAUCAACAAACGUUUCUGCGCUUUGUUUAGACUUUGAUGAGGUCAGCGCAAUCCUCCAGGCACUACAUAUACGCGCGCUGUUGUCCAGGUCAAGUGGGGAGAUGAAAUUUGAUAGUAGCUCGUGUAUGUUAAAGCCGGUCCACUUCGCUUUUGUUAAGACCAUGUUAGAGUUUUUUGCAAACUACACAUUUUGUUAAAUCACAAGCACAUUCGCCAAGACCAACGAGCAAAAUAAUCGUUAUGAUAGCUUUAAGACGCGCCAGUUUGAUGAAGGCAAACCCUGUGGUGAGCCUCCAUGUACAUCGCUUGUUCAGCGGUCGCGCAUGCUCAUGCAAAAAAGACCCCUGUUCCUGUUUAUCAGCAAGUUUUCGAGAUAAAUGGUUGUUCAGAACUGCAAAUAUUCUCCAAAUAGCAGGUUGGGUUCUUGCUGUUCUUGCCAUGUGUUUAGCCAAUAGUUCGCCCAUUUCCUCCUCGUGAAACGAUUGAAAUGUUUCGCCAUUUUGUACUCACUACCAGAACAACUCAACCUUGUCUCAAGGUCUUCUCGGUUAACUGUUCAAUAAUCUGGCAAUUUUGCUGCAUACUUGACGUCAUUGUUCACAUAUCGCCAGUUUCUUCCAAAUUUGGUCGACAGCAGCUGGUUAUGAUGAAUUAUGCGUAGGAUUUUAGCCAGUCAGAAACAGAGAAAUAUUUUGAAUAAAUACUAAUUCUAUUAAUCCCAGACCAUAAAGAAAACAGCCAAACAGAAUCAGAUUUUACAUCGUGACGAGGAGUGGCUUGGGUUUGGAAUGCUUUUCUUGUUAAAAAUAAUAACAGACCGAUAUCAAUUCUCCCGACCUAUCAGAGAAGCUAUGGGUAUAGGCUUUUGUCCUGUUAUCCUUUGCUGGCAGAGUCUAAGCAAAAUUUUGUUUUUUCCUGAGGCAAGGGUCUUCCGCGCGGUAUCCACAAGGAGUAGCUUAGAAGAUUGUCUGCUAACGUCAGAAAAAUUGUUAGACCAAGAAAUCUGAGUGUCCCGGCACAAACCCUCUCCUUCUUCCUGGCCGUAAAUUAACUAUGUCCUCGUCCACUUUCUCCCAAAUUUUGGCCUAUUUCUCGGCGUAGAUGUUUUUUCUUGCAUAUACUCCGCUAUAAACAACCAGAGAGCGAUAUGUUUUGAGUAUUCUUGCAUUUCUUCCGUUCUGUUCUAGUUAGGAUAGCCGUGAACGCCAUUUUUUAGUUCCCUAUUUCCCAAGCAGCCUCCUUCUAUGGUAAACAAACCUUCGGAUCGAUGGUAUAUUGCUCGCACACCGGCUGGUUAUGAAAAAUUCGUCGGGGGAUUUUUUAAUCCUUUGUCCCUGGUUAUUCUUUAGAUAUCGUAACAAUCUUAACAAGUUGUUUUUGCUUCGACAGGCUUUAGCCGGUGAUUGCGGUUUUAUGGCGGCUAAUUUGUACGCUCGCAGUAUUUUUGGAGAGGAUGCCCUGGCUAAUGUAUCGAUAGAGAAGCCCAGUGACCAAUCAGGGCCCUCGGUUACUGGUCACGUACGAAUCCGGGCGAAGAGUCAGGUAAUUUCAAUUAAGCGUGAUGGUAAUUGGCAUUUCUCCUAGGUUCCUCGACCUAGAUUUAUUCCCGUGUUCAUCUUGAUUAAUUGUUUUUUUUAGGGAAUGGCACUGAGUUUAGGAGACAAGAUCAACUUGUCACAGAAGAAGGCAACUAAGUGAAACUUGUCGCUCCAAGUAAACCCUACCUCAAGUCACUCGCCCUGCAGCGAUUUGCGUAUCCUAUACCAUUUUCCUUUCAGUCUCGAGUAAAGUUGAAUUGGUAGCUUUUUUACGACCUUUGUAGGAACGUAGGUGUUAAUUAUAUCAUUGUGUCAUUUCUCGUCGUUCAUAAAUCAUUUAAAAUUUUUACAAAAAGGUUGACCGUAACAAAGUUUACUCCAAGAAUUGUAGGCUUGUCUUGCCUUUCCUUGUCACCUUAGAAACCAAUGGAUGUACUGAUAAAUUUUAGCGAAAUGAUAUGAAAUAAAAAUCAACUGGAAAAAAAUGUUCAGCUUUUUUACACACUUAUUGUGUGCUGCGUCCUAUCAGCAACAUUGUCCACGAUUUUGCUGGGAAAGAUUUUACUCCAUACGACGUUUCAGCG